AGUCUCUCUCUCUCUCCCGCACUUUGUGCUCCGAAUAGCUGUGUGUACUUGGUGUGUUGGUGCAGGUGAGCUGCUGUCUAUGGGCCCCUGUGCUAAUGUAGGAGCACCCCCGGGGCAGGGGUUAAUGUAGCUGGCAGAGUGGCAGGAGACACAUGGCAUUGUUAAUUGGGCUGAGAUUCACAGCGAGCACAGUGAUUCCCCAGUGGGCAGCGUUUACAGUGUAUAGAACUUGCUACAAUACACCUAACAGUAUGUGAUGCUUCUAAUAAUUCUAUUUAUAUAUUAAAUUAUAUCAAUGUUCCACGUUCCUUCGGGCAAACUGCCCUCUAGUCUGGCUAGUUGCUGGCAGCCCUGUGUAUUGGUAAAUGAGUGCCAGAGGUAUAAAGUUUGUUAUUAGGGGGAGUGGCACUGUCAGUAUGUAGCUCAUGGCUAAACAUAGCAGGACACCAGCCUCUCACUCUGAAUUGUGCUGCAUAACAUAUGAGAUUAGUCACUGGUACACAGGUCUGAGUUAUAUUUUUUUCCUAGGAGACUUCCACUUCUGCCGAUAUGGGGUCCAUUCACUUGCCAGUGAACUGGGUUAUUCGCUAACUUGUGAAAUGCCUGGAAUUCAAAGUGAAUUUCAAACUUUAGGCCAAAAUUAUACAAACUGGAAACAUACCUACGUUUUUCCAUGUUGGCUAUUUGGCCCAAAAUUUGAAAUUCACUUUGAAUUCUAAGCAAUUUAUACUUUAGUGAGUAACCCUGCGUGUCAAAAAUGGCACACGUGGGAAAAUUCUUCAACCCUGCUGUACCAAUAGCUUGGCUAUUUUAUUAAAAUGUUAAAAUAAUUUCAAUUUACUGAUCAGUGAAUAAACCCCUAUAUGUGCUUACAUGUUUAACAUACACUAUAUGGUCAAAAGAAUUGGGACACUUAAACAAUUCACCAACAGGGACUUUUUACAUAGCAUUCUAGAUACAUAGACAUUGAGAUGUAGUUGGACUUCCCUUUGCAGCUAUCACAGUUUCCACUCUAGUGGAAGGUCUCUGUUCCAGUUCAUCCUAAAGGGUUUUUAGUGGAGAUGAGGUCAGGGCUCUGUGCGGGCCAGUCAACUUCUUCCACACCAAACUCAUCCAACCAUGUCUUUAUGGACCUUGCUUUGAGCACUAGGCACAGUCAUGCUGAAUAGAAAAGUUCCUUUCCCAAACUGUUCCCACAAAGUUGGAACCAUAACAUUGUCCAAAAUGUAUUGGUACGCUUACGCUGAAGCACUAAAGAGACACUAGUCACCCAGACCACUUCAUCUGAUUGAAGUGGUCUGGGUGCAGUGUCCCUGUCCCACUUAGUCCUGCAAUAUAAAUCAUUGCAGUUUUAGAGAAACUGCAAUGAUUACCUUGCAGGACUAUAACUACCUCCAUUGACUGUCAGACAGCUACUAGAGGCACUUACCGCAUCCUAUGGAGAGGGCCUAAUGUACUCGUAGUGUAUGUGCAUUAGGCUCCCCUGUUGGAGGACGCAGAGUGCUGACCCAGCGUCGAGGGACAUUGGUCCUGGAAUAGAGUAAGUGACUACAUUUUUUUUUUCCCCCUUUCAUUUACAUGCCAAUGGAAUACAGAUUUGUAUUCCCAACAUAGAAUCCAUUUUCAGAUUUCCCUUCACUGGUAGUAUGAAGCCUAGCCCAACCCCUGAAAGAUAGACCCGUAAGAUUAUCCCACUUCCACCCCACAGUAUGUUGCUUGUACGUAGGUGCAAAGGAAGCCCUUCAGAGUUUUCUUAAUGAGUGUUCCAUUAAGAGAUGUGUCCCAAUACUUUUCUCCAUAUAGUGCAACUCCUCAGUCUUUAGGAACCAAAUCCCUUUGUCAGUCAUCCAUGUACCUUAUUUCUAAAAUAUUUGCAAAAUGCAUGAUUACAUUGAUGCAUUUAUAUUUUUAUGUUUAGAGUGUUCCAGAGUAUUUCCAGUAGAGUGCUUGUCUAGCUUAGUUUAGACAUAAAAUUCUGUUUGUGAGUAUUGUAGGUAUAAGCAAAGGUACUGGUAGUUCUUACUUUGAGCCGGGUCCGUUCUUACAACUUGUUCAUAGAAUAAAUUGGUCGGAAAGUUAGGAUGCGCUAGAGAGUAGGUCUGUGUUUGGGGGAAAUUCCCUGAACAUAAAGUCGAGGGCUUCCCUGCAGUAGUGAGCUUGUCUAUGUUCAGGGGAAUUACACCGAACAGACCUACUCUCUAGUGCAUCCUAACUUUCCAACCAAUUUGUUCUAUGACCAAGUUGUAAGAACGGAACGCGGUCGGUAAGUGAGGAUGAUCUGUACUUUAAAACGGACUGAUUAGAAGGAUAUUAUAGGUACUGCUAAUUAAUCAGUUUGUUGUGUAUAGAUCAUGCCUCCGCAGUAUUACUGUUCAAUUCUCUUCCUCUUAGGAGGAAGUUAACUUACUUUGUCAAUGCUGCCCUAGUCACACCUCCCUGCAUGUGACUUACGCAGCUUAAGCACUUCCUGUAAAGAGAGAUCUAAUGUCUAAACUUUCUUUAUUGCUCAUUUUGUUUAAUUUAGAAUUUAUCUUCUGCUUUGUUAAUAGCCUUCUAUACCCUGCGGAAGCCCGUGUAUAAUUAAAGUUCAAUUUACAGAGCAGGAGAUAUAAACUUUUAAAGUAAGUUAAGAUCUGACUGAAAAUGAAACCAUUUUUUCCCCAUACUCGUAGUGUAUGUGCAUUAGGCUCCCCUGUUGGAGGACGCAGAGUGCUGACCCAGCGUCGAGGGACAUUGGUCCUGGAAUAGAGUAAGUGACUACAUUUUUUUUUUCCCCCUUUCAUUUACAUGCCAAUGGAAUACAGAUUUGUAUUCCCAACAUAGAAUCCAUUUUCAGAUUUCCCUUCACUGGUAGUAUGAAGCCUAGCCCAACCCCUGAAAGAUAGACCCGUAAGAUUAUCCCACUUCCACCCCACAGUAUGUUGCUUGUACGUAGGUGCAAAGGAAGCCCUUCAGAGUUUUCUUAAUGAGUGUUCCAUUAAGAGAUGUGUCCCAAUACUUUUCUCCAUAUAGUGCAACUCCUCAGUCUUUAGGAACCAAAUCCCUUUGUCAGUCAUCCAUGUACCUUAUUUCUAAAAUAUUUGCAAAAUGCAUGAUUACAUUGAUGCAUUUAUAUUUUUAUGUUUAGAGUGUUCCAGAGUAUUUCCAGUAGAGUGCUUGUCUAGCUUAGUUUAGACAUAAAAUUCUGUUUGUGAGUAUUGUAGGUAUAAGCAAAGGUACUGGUAGUUCUUACUUUGAGCCGGGUCCGUUCUUACAACUUGUUCAUAGAAUAAAUUGGUCGGAAAGUUAGGAUGCGCUAGAGAGUAGGUCUGUGUUUGGGGGAAAUUCCCUGAACAUAAAGUCGAGGGCUUCCCUGCAGUAGUGAGCUUGUCUAUGUUCAGGGGAAUUACACCGAACAGACCUACUCUCUAGUGCAUCCUAACUUUCCAACCAAUUUGUUCUAUGACCAAGUUGUAAGAACGGAACGCGGUCGGUAAGUGAGGAUGAUCUGUACUUUAAAACGGACUGAUUAGAAGGAUAUUAUAGGUACUGCUAAUUAAUCAGUUUGUUGUGUAUAGAUCAUGCCUCCGCAGUAUUACUGUUCAAUUCUCUUCCUCUUAGGAGGAAGUUAACUUACUUUGUCAAUGCUGCCCUAGUCACACCUCCCUGCAUGUGACUUACGCAGCUUAAGCACUUCCUGUAAAGAGAGAUCUAAUGUCUAAACUUUCUUUAUUGCUCAUUUUGUUUAAUUUAGAAUUUAUCUUCUGCUUUGUUAAUAGCCUUCUAUACCCUGCGGAAGCCCGUGUAUAAUUAAAGUUCAAUUUACAGAGCAGGAGAUAUAAACUUUUAAAGUAAGUUAAGAUCUGACUGAAAAUGAAACCAUUUUUUCCCCAUGCAGGCUGUGCCAGUUACAACCAGGGGAGGUGUGGCUAGGACUGCAUGGAAAAAAACAAAAUUGACUAUAAACCAAAACUGCUUCAUUAAAAGGACACUAUAGGCACCAAAGCAACUUUAGCUUAAUGAAGCAGUUUUGGUGUAUAGAUCAUGCCCCUGCAGUCUCACUGGUCACUUAUCUGCCAUUUUGGAGUUAAAUCACUUUGUUUCUGUUUGUGCAACCCUAGUCACACCUUCCCUGGCCAUGACUCACAGCCUGCAUGGGAACCGUUUCAUUUUCAAAUCAGAUGUUUACUUGAUUUAUAAGUUCUCUUCUUCACUGUAAAUUGAACUUUAAUCACAUUCCGGAGGCUCUGGCAGGGCACAGAAGGCUGUUAACAGAACAGGAGACUUAAAAAAAAAACAAACAAAACUAAAUUAAAUAACAUUUGCAAUAAGUUUAAACAUUAGAUCUCUUUUUACAGGAAGUGUAUUGCAAGUCAGAUGCAGGCAGGCGUCUCUAGGGCUGCAUACGCAAAGUUAUUUAACUCGUAAAUGGCAGAGAGAUUUCAAGGUCAUGAUCUAUGCACCAAUACUGCUCCAUUAAGCUAAAGUUGUUAUUUGCAUAGUUUAAAACACAUUUGAAAGCUUGUUAUCCAUGGGAAAUACCAACAGAAUGGCUACAGAGUGUAAAUUCUUAUUUUGUGCUACAGAGCUAUUAGAACUGACACUAUAGCAGUGGUCUCCAACCCAGUCAUCAUGGACCACCAACAGUCCAGGUUUUGUCAGUAUCUCCAUUGGAAUAAAACUGGGAAAUACAUAAAUCCUGGACUGUCACUGCCAUGAGGACUGGGUUGGAGCAGUGACUCCCAGCUCAGGCUUCUAACACACCUACAGUCCAAGGUUUGGGUAUGUUCCUGUGAGAAUACUGACAAAACUUGGAGAAUAACACAAGAUCUGUUUUAGAAUACUCUGGUCUCUCCCCCUCCCCUACUCUUUCCUCCAGCUAUGCUUCACUCCCACCUUGUUUAAUUGCCCCACCUCCUAUAGACUGUAAGCUCAUUUGAGCAGGGCCCCCUUCAACCUAUUGUUCCUGUAAGUUUUUGUAAUUGUCUCAUUUAUUGUUAAAUCUCCCCAUUUGAUAAUAUUGUAAAGCACUACAGACUAUGCUGGCGCUAUAUAUAGAUACCAAUAAUAAAUGGAAUAAGAUAAACCCAAUAAUUAAAACCCACAAAUAUAGAGUGGUUGAAGUACUACUCCAGACUAUAAAGCUCAGGGAAAAUCAGCCAGGGCCGGACUGGCCCACCGGGAUACCGGGAAAUUUCCCGGUGGGCCGUCGGCACCUGGGGCCGGGCAGACACCUGGGUCUGCUGGCGGCCGCUGGGGACUUGUGCUGGCUGCCGCUGGGGAGGUCUUCUGGCGGCCGCUGGGGGACUUGUCCUGGUGGCCGCUGGGGAGGUCUUCUGGCGGCGCGCAGCUGAAUAAGAACGGCGCCGGAAUAUGACGUCAUAUUCUGGCGCCGGUCUCAUUCAGCAGCGCACGAGGGCGGGAGAGCACAGACAGCGCAAGUCCCCCAGCGGCCACCAGAAGACCUCCCCAGCGGCCUCCAGAAGACCUCCCCCUGGUGGCAGGUACUAGUAAUGUGUCUGUCUGUCUGUGUUAUGGUGUCUGUCUGUAUGGUGAGUGUGUCUGUCUGUCUGUGUCAUGGUGUCUGUCUGUAUGGUGUGUGUGUGUCUGUCUGUGUCAUAGUGUGUCUGUAUGGUGUGUGUCUGUCCGUCAUGGGGUGUGUAUGUGUCUGUCUGUUCGUCAUGGGGUGUGUAUGUGUCUGUCUGUCCGUCAUGGGGGGGGUGUGUGUGUGUGUGUCUGUCUGUCAUGGGGUGUGUGUGUGUGUGUCUGUCCGUCAUGGGGUGUGUGUGUGUGUGUGUGUGUGUGUGUCUGUCCGGGGUGUGUGUGUGUGUGUCUGUCUGUGGUGUGUGUCUGUCUGUCCGCUAUGGGGUGUGUGUGUCUGUCCGGGGGUGUGUGUGUCUGUCUGUCCGUCCGGGUGUGUGUGUGUCUGUCUGUCAUGGGGUGUGUGUGUCUGUCUGUCCGUCAUGGGGGGUGUGUGUGUCUGUCCGUCAGUCAUGGGGUGUGUGUGUGUGUGUGUGUCUGUCUGUCUGUCAGUCAUGGGGUGUGUGUAUGUGUGUCUGUCCGUCAUGGGGGGGGGUGUGUUUGUGUCUGUCCGUCAUGGGGUGUGUUUGUGUGUGUCUGUCCGUCAUGGGGUGUGUGUCUGUCUGUGUCAUGGUCUGUCAUGGGGUGUGUAUCUGUGUCUGUCAUGGUGUAAAUGUGUGUUUAAAAAUAGGUGUGACUAGGGUGCAUAAACAAAGUGAUUUAACUCCUUAAUGGCAGAGAUUUGAGCAGUGAGACCGCAGGGGCAUGAUCUAUACACCAUAACUGCUUCAUUAAGCUAAAAUUGUUUUGCUGACUAUAGUGUCCCUUUAAGGCCCUUUAAAGGACCACUGUAGUGCCAGGAAAACAUACUCGUUUUCCUGGCACUAUAGUGCCCUGAGGGUGCCCCCACCCUCAGGGUCCCCCUCCCACCCGGCUCUGGAAAGGGGAAAAGGUAUAAAACGUACUUUUUUCCAGCGCUGGGCGGGGAGCUCCGAUCCUCCUCCUCUCCGUCGGUUGAAUGCGCACGCGCGGCAAGAGCUGCGCACGCAUUCAGCCGUUCGCAUAGGAAAGCAUUACCAAUGCUUUCCUAUGGACGCUUGUCAAUGAGACAGCCACUAGAGGCUUUGGGGGAAGGAUUAACCCAUUUAUAAACAUAGCAGUUUCUCUGAAACUGCUAUGUUUAUAAAAAAAUGGGUUAACCCCAGCUGGACCUGGCACCCAGACCACUUUAUUAAGCUGAAGUGGUCUGGGUGCCUAGAGUGGUCUUUUAAGCUGUAAGUGAUCUCUUAGGUACCUUCCCAAAGAGAGUAUAAUAUUUGACAACCAAAAUACAUAUACUAAAAAUAGUGUAUAAGUGCAAAAACCACAUAUAUUCGGAAUGGGGGUGGAUUGCCUAAAUGGUGUAUGUAUAAGAAGUAAAAAAUAGUACUAAAAAAACAGUACAAACAAAUAUAAGUUGCUGAAAAAGACACUACUAAAAAAGCGAGAACCACAAAAAUUGGUAAUAAAAAAUAUCUAUAUAUCUAUAAAUUUAUAAAUAAAUUAAAAAAAAACAGAGGGCUUCAUAAAAAAAUAGACAAUUCAAAAUCUAUAUUAAGACCAGAUGGGAUCAGAGUAUCAAAAUAAAAAAAUCUAUUUCAUCUCCUCCUGUCUGAUCUUUCUAAUAAAAUCUCCUCCCCUCACAAUAUAUAUUUGUUUAUAUUCUAUUUUUGUUCCUUUAAAAAUAGAUUUGAACAUGGCUUUGAAGCAGAUUUCCAGCAAUAAGUGCUUUGAUGGGUUCCAGAAAGUGUUUGAACAUGACAGGUAAGCAAGUAUCACAGAAGGUCUUUUGAAAAUAUCGAUCCCACCUGCUCAAAAUAUAUCAUUGAGUAAAAAGAUGGGAUAUAGCAGUGGGAGAUGGAUUAAAAUUGAGAGGCUUAGAAACUGCGAUGGUUAAUAGGCCAAGGGACAAAAUGGUCAUAUUUUACAUGGGCUUUCUGAAAAUAUUGUUUGAGGUGAAACGAUGGCCAUUAGACUCAAGGUUGAAAGCCACAGGUCUAGGUCUUAUUUUGCAUGUGUUGAUAUGAUACACAUUUAUACUUUUUUCCCUAGACUAUUCCUUUGGUUCCUAAAUUGUUCUCUUAGAGUAAUGUGGGGACUUAACCCUGCAAGGUAAUUAUUGCAGUUUAAAAAAACUGCAAUAAUUACACUUGCAGGGUUAAGGGUAAUGGGAGUUGGCACCCAGACCACUCCAAUGGGCAGAAGUGGUCUGGGUGCCUGGAGUGUCCCUUUUGAGCGAUCCUUUUACAUAGUUUUUUUCUAAGGCCUCAGUUGUAUAAUUCUCCUCCAAUUAAGCUUGCAAAAUGUUAGGUUUGACGCUGCCUGUCAAGGUUCCACUUUAUCAGUGGAUUUGACAUGUAUGUACAUAAUAAAAUUAUAGGUGAAAAUUGGGCAGUGGAGAUUGAAUAUGAACUUCCUAUUAACACUAAUUUUAAAAUAUAUUGUAUUUACCAGAAUACAAACUAGUAUAUUCCGAGUACAUUUCAAGAUUUAUUGUCACCAAUACUGUAUAAUUUCAGAUUUUUUAAAAGCAGACAAUGGAUCACUGUUUCUCUAAUGCCGUCAAUAUAUUUUGUUGUGUCUGUUUCUCUGUGUACCUUGUUGUUCUGUAAUUUGUUUUCUUUUCAUACAGCAGUCAUUCAUUGCACCAUUACUUUGCUAUCAAAUGUAAUAAAGAAGAACAUUCACUAAGAUUUAUUCAUCUGUCUCCUCCUCAGAUGAUGGAACUUGGAUUAGUAAAAUGUUGUUUUUGUUAUGACUGAGAAAAUAUGUUGUGCUAUUAUUUGUCCUGCUUGUAUUUUUCCAACAUAAAUGUCAUCCAGUUACAUCUAGACAUUUGGUUUAUUAUAAUACUUGAUAGUUGUGCAAACUAGCUUUACAGCCUUGUACUUUCUACCAACCCACAUAUUAGGAUUUUUAUGUUGACUUUGAGAAUAUAUGUAUAAACUAAAAAUCUGUUCAAGGUCAUUAUAUACAGUUUCCCUGUAGAUUGUUUAACAAUACUCUAAAAAAUGUGACUUUUAAAUAAUUAUUUCCUUACGUCUAGUUGAUUCUGUCAUUUAAUUUAAUGCAUGUUGUAUUGAAAUCAUUCUGCCUAUAUAAUAUGCUUAGCUUGAUCUCACUCUGCUUAUGCAAAAGUAUUGUGAGCUGGGAUAUUCUUCAAAAUCUAAAAUGUAACACUACAUGGCCAAAAGUAUGUGGGCACUCUACUUCUAAUUGCAGUCAGGUGUUUCGGCCUCAUCCAUUGCUAAAUGUCACGGCUGCUAGUGUGGUCCAACACGCAGAAACUAUGUAAACAUAUACAUACAAAAGGAACGGAAAUAAAAGGACAGAGCGUAAACCGGACCUUAGAAUGGCCGGACUAAUACGCUAGAGAUAGAGAUUUGUCAAAGGGAAAGCCGAGGUCAUGGAAGCCAGAAAUACUCAGAUACCAUUUAAACAAGCCAAGUCGGGGGAACCAGAAUUCGGAAUAACCAGGGAAAAGCCAAGAUCAGGAUACCAGGAAGUAAUAUUCACAAAGAUAAACGCACUCUAGGGAACCAGUAACAGGAAACCACGACAGGGCAAGUUACUGGGAUGAAUUAGGGAUUUAAAUAUCCUUCUCUAGGCUCUGAUUGGUCAGAGGGUGACCUUUGACCCCAGAACAUGUGCGUGCGUUGACGUUGUGACAUCACGCGCACGUUCGUAUAAUUUUGGGGGAUGGAGCCAUGGAUGAAUGCGACCUCAUGGAGGAACGGUUCCCGGCUCGCCGCUGAGCAGGUAAGCUCAGUGAGUUGGUGCGGUUGUGCCGGUUGGGCACGGAUGCACAUGGCGGCGAGCCGGGGGCUGUGACAGUACCCCCCACUCGAAGACCGCUCACCGGGCGGGAAAGAGCUGGCUUGCGAGGAAAACGGUUGUGAAAUUACCGGACAAGACGGGGAGCAUGAGCCUGGUCCGCAAGAACCCAACUACGUUCCUCCGGGCCAUAUCCCUUCCAGUCAACCAGAUAAGACAGAACACCUCUAGAGAACUUGGAGUCUAAAAUAGUUUGGACUUCGUACUCCUCUUGAUUACCUACUACCAAGGGCGGAGGAGGAACAAUAAUUUUUGUGUAUUGAUUGCAAGUGAGGGGUUUAAGCAAUGAUACAUGGAAGGAAUUAGCCAUUCUCAUAUAAGCAGGGAGUGCCAACGAAUAAGUCACAGGGUUUAUACGAUGGAGGGCACGAAAGGGACCUAUGAAUCGAGGAGCUAGUUUCAUGGAAGGAACCUUGAGUUUGAUAUGACGUGUGGACAACCAAACCCUGUCCCCCACUUGAUAAACAGGAUUGGCACCCGGUUUAUUAUCAGCUUGAACUUUCAUACGUUUAGAGGCAUUCUGUAAUGCUGAAUGAACAGAAUCCCAAGUGUCUUGGAUAGAAGUCAAACAGGUGUUUAAUGCAGGAAUAUCAGUCCCUUAAAAUGCAGAAGGUAAAAUAGUUGGGUGAUAACCUUGAUUUACAAAAAAUGGACUCUAACUUGAGGAUUCGUGAGUCGCAUUAUUUCUGGCAAAUUCAGCCAUGGGUAAGAGUUUGAACCAAUUGGACUGAUUGGCAUCGAUAAAGCAACGCAAAUAGGAUUCUAAAGAUUGAUUGGCUCUUUCUGUGGCACCAUUAGUCUGAGGGUGGUACGAAGAGGAAAAUGAAAGUUCUAUGCAAAAGGCACGCCAGAACAUAGAGAUAAAUUGGGUUCCUCUGUCAGAAACCAUGUUUUUUGGUACUCCGUGUAAGCAAAAGAUUUCCUUUAUGAAAAUUUGGACUAGAUCUUGAGCAGAUGGCAAUUUUUUUUUUUUUUUUUUUUUUUAGUGAUUAAAAGCAUAAAUUUUUUAAUUUUAAUCCAAGCAAUUGACAUUUAAGGACAACGGGAAGGAGUUCGCUCGGGUAUGAGCCUUAGUAAAGUUAUCUAGCUGUUCACAGUCCCUAUGACUUGUUCCCUAAGGUAACUCAGGCAUAUAUGGGAGGCCGCGGUCUAAGGGUACAGUGUCAGAUAUGAAAUAUGCUGGCAUCAGGCUAAGGAGGUGGGUGCAUAUCGUGCACGAUUAACACAAACUAAAUCAGAGCUCGUCUUGGGGGGUGUCUGAUGUGAAAGUUCCCCAUGCAGUCAUGGUAUCGCAGGCUGUGAGCUCGUAGCUCUUGGGACAAAGGUGGUUAUUGAAGCGGGGUCCCAGGAAUCUGCUGGUGGCCCUUGCUUAUUUUAUCCCUAUUAGAUUAAAAACGCCCAGUAUAAUUUUACAAAAUGUACUACUCAUCCCAUCUAUAUUAAAUAGUUAUGCUGACCCCAGGACAUACUGUAAAAUUAGAGAAUUCUCAAUGUAUCCUUCCUGCUAACAUUUUAUAAAUAAAUAAUCUUAAAUUCCUUUAUGGCUACAAUACUCCAACCUAGUGGUAAUCCACUGCAAUUAACAUGAUUUCAUAGUGAAACACUGCUAUCUAGUGGCAAUGUCUUCAAUUUUUCCAUUUAACCCCUUAAGGACACAUGACAUGUGUGACAUGUCAUGAUUCCCUUUUAUUCCAGAAGUUUGGUCCUUAAGGGGUUAAAGGGACACUAUAGUCACCAAAUCAGCUUUAGCUUAAUAAAAGAGUUUUGGUGUAUAGAUCAUGCUCCUGUAGUCUCCGUGCUCAAUUAUCUGCCAUUUAGGAGUUAAUUUUGUUUAACUCUAGUCACACCUCCCUGCAUGUGACUUGCACAGCCUUCCAUAAACACUUCCUGUAAAGAGCCAUCUAACAUUUAUCCUUCCUUUAUUGCAAGUUCUGUUUAAUUUAGAUUGUCUUAUCCCCUGCUAUGUUUUUUUUUUUUAAUUCUUUAUUUUUGUAGUGCAAGUGAAUACAAAGAAGCGUGCAGUACCAUGACCAUUUCUGCAGUCCAAUCAAUCGUUUACAAAUAUUGACAUUGGUAUGGCAUACUGUAUGGUAACUUUGCAUAGUUUUUUUUUUUUUUUUUUGGUAAAUAAGAUUCCUAAGGUACAUAUGAGGACGAGUUGAGUCAAGCCUGUCUAGCUAGUAAGCAUCUGUACAUUCCACCCCUUCUGAUCCUAGCUGGUUAGGGGUGUGUCAGUGUAGAUGGUGAGGGCAUGCAAUAAAGGGCAUGUCAUUAUAUGUCCAUCUAUUGUGGAACAGGGUGAUGAUUCGUUGGUGCUCUUAAAUAAGGGCUUGUGUGCUAGCUUGGGGGGGUCAAAGAAGUGUGAUUCCUAAACCCUGCUGCUGUGAUGGUGUGCGGCCUGUGUCUAUUAAGCGGCGCUGUGUUUCUUGAGGGUUUGGAGCGUGCUUGGGAGUAUAAUCAGGCUGGUAAAACCAGUUCUGGCUGAUAUUAAAGGCAUCCCUGCUAGUGAAGAGAGCCCCAGGGGUUUUGUGUGCCUUCACGUGUGGGGUGUUGCUGUGCCUUUUAUGUUGAGAGGCCCUCGUACCCAAGUACAUCGGUUUCAGGGUCCCUGGCAGUGUGCGGGGGGGUGGCACUAGUACCCUAGUUCAGAGUAGCAGACUAGCAGCUAGACUGUUGUGGAUGUCAAGAGUAGGAACUCAUCCUAUGCGUAAACGCUUGUGCAUGAUGUCUCAGGCUUUUAUAGUGUUCCCCCGUUCCCUGGGGUGGGGGGGAGAGGGAGGUAGAGCGUGUCCUUUGAUGUCGAGUAAGUGAUAGUGUCAGGAGCAUUAUAUGAAAUCUGGGAUUUAACCUUCAGUAAUAAGAGAAAAAAAAAAAAAAAGUAAAUUAAACAAGGCUGCGUGUGAAGCCGUCUAGAGAGCAAUACUAAACAUAAAGGUAAAACGUGAAACAAUAUUAACGUUAAACUUGUGGAGGUAUGUGUAUGCAAGCACAUUCAGGUUACGGAGUCCCGUUCCCCUCCAGGAAUGAAAGGAGUGAUUCGGUCUACAUCCCAUAUUCGUCGUGACGUUGUUGCUGGGUCUGGCGCCGGGAGGCCUAGUGCUUGCAGAAGUUUCAGCCCCUCUGAGGGGUUUGCAGCUUUGUGGGUCUUCCCGUCUUUGGUGCACACCAGCGAUCUUGGGUUAGUCCAUCUGUAGGGUAUGCCGGCUGUCAGUAAGGGUUGCGUGAUGGGGCGCAUUGAUUUGCGCCACAUUAGGGUGGCCUUGCUAAGAUCUUGGUAAAAUGUAAGUGAGUAAGUUUCGAAAAGAAAUGGUGUUUUCCCCCGCAGCGCCUGUAGCAGCCUUUGUUUGUCUGCAUGGGACCGACAGCAGAGUAUGAUGUCCCUGGGGACGUUGUUCGGUGUUUGUGAGAAAGUUGGAAUGCGGUAUAGUCCAUCAUAGUCAAACUGUUUUGCGUGUUUGGCUGGAAGGAGAGAUGCAAUAAGUCGCCUGACGAGAUGUGGUAAUUCGUCCGCGGGGACGGAGUCGUCCACACCCCGGAUUUUGACAUUCUUUUGUCGGCUCCUAUCUUCUAGGGUAUCCAUUCUGGCAACUAGUAGGGAGUGGGACUCUUGCAGGUUCUGUAUUGAUUCCCCUUGAGUCGUCAUGCUUUGCCUCAGGUCAGCAGUGUCCUCCUCAGAUGCUUGGAGGCGUUCUGUGACUGCUUUCAAUUCAGUUUUGACCAUGUUGAUUUCUGCAAAGAACAUGUCCUGGAAGUGUGCCAGUAAGUCGUGGAUGUCCUGCCUUGUAACAGGUUUGUCUGUCACAGGUUUCUCUGCAUCAUGUGUUGUUCGGGCUUCGUCUGUGUGUGUUUUCUCUCUUACCGCGCUGGGAGCUGUCUCAGGCUGGCGUUGCAAUGGCUCCUGGGUGCGUGGAGUUGAUGACAACAUCUGUCCAAUAUCAUGAUUUGAGGCGGUUGCUGCCGCCGCCUGUUUCUGGGAUUUGCGGCCCUUCAUGGUUUCCGAUGGUUCCCUGGGUGGGCUGGCUAUGAGUGGUAGCGGGUCAAAGUCGUCCCUGUCCCAGAUUGUAAAGUGCGGCAACCGCAGAGUUCCCGCGCGGUAGGCCCGAGGCGUUUUGCGCCGAGUUUUGGUGCCUCCGGCGAAUAAAAACGGCAUCCACGGGAUCGGUGUGUUCUCCUCUGCACUAUUAUCGCUGUUAGGGCUCUGGAUGUCAGGUGGUUCAUGCGUUUGGGGCUGUAGUUUCAGAUGGCAAUUUUUUAAGAGGUAUAAAAUGUGCCAUCUUGGAAAAUCUAUCUACAACCAUGAGGAUGGUGUUAUGCCCAUUACAACUGUGAAGUUCCACAAUGAGAUUUAUGGAUGGAGGUUUAUAUACUACAGGUGCAGGUAUAGGUGGCGGUACUACAGGUGGUACCGGGGGUACCUCCAGAUAAGCAGUUCUCUGGAGCAAGGUCUGGAACACUUGGGCAAACUGAUCUAACCUGUGGUCCAUAUCCUCCACCCUGUUCUCACAGGCUAUCAUAUGUUUACAUAGUUCCGCAGGAACCAUGGCCCUGUCGUAAUGUCACGGCUUCUAGUGUGGUCCAACAUGCAGAAACUAUGUAAACAUAUACAUACAAAUGAAACGAAAUAAAAGGACAGAGCGUAAACUGGACCUUAGAAUGGCCGGACUAAUACGCUAGAGAUAGAGAAUGGUCAAAGGGAAAGCCGAGGUCAAGGAAGCCAGAAAUACUCAGAUACCGUUUAAACAAGCCAAGUCAGGGGAACCAGAAUUCGGAAUAACCAGGGAAAAGCCAAGAUCAGGGUACCAGGAAGUAAUAUUCACAAAGAUAAACGCACUCUAGGGAACCAGGAACAGGAAACCCACGACAGGGCAAGGUACUGGGGUGAAUUAGGGAUUUAAAUAUCCCUCUCUAGGCUCUGAUUGGUCAGAGGGUGACCUCUGACCCCAGAACGUGCACGUGCGUUGACAUCGUGACGUCAUGCGCACGUUCGUAUAAUUUUGGGGGGUGGAGCCAUGGAUGGACGCGACCUCAUGGUCGGCGCUAUCUUGGAUUUCCCCGAGCGUCGUGGAGGAACGGUUUCCGGCUCGCCGCUGAGCAGGCAAGCUCAGUGAGUUGGUGCGGUCGGGCACGGACGCACAUGGCAACGAGCCGGGGGCCGUGACACUAACAGGUGUUGGUCUAUGUAGGUCUAUAGCACACAGCUAUAGUAUCUACAUAGACAAACACUGGCAGUGCAAUGGGUUCAGUGACUUUAAACGUGGAACUUCUUAAGGUGCCACUUUUGCCAGUCAGUUUGGGAAAUUUCUACCCUAUUGAAUGUGCCCUGUGUACCCAGAGAGUGUGGACUCUGAGUUCUGAUGUGUGUUGUGUGUAAAAAUCACCUGUCACUCUUUGCAUCAUUCACUGCAGAGUUCAGAACUGCCCUGUCUCUGGAAGCAACAUCUACACAGGAGCAGAGUGUUGGGAGCUUCAAGAAAUGGGUUUCCAUUGCUGAGCAGCUGUAUGUAAGACUCACAUCAACAUUUGCAAUUGCACAUAUAGGUUUGAGUCGUAUAAGGCCCUUUCUAAAUAAACUCUGAAGAAGUGGAAGCGUCCUCUGAAGUGGUGGAUCAUGCUUUACUAUCUGGCAGCUUAAUGGAAGAAUUUGGAUGUGGCUGAUGCCAGGAGAACACUACCUACUGGAUUUCAUAUUCCUACUGUAAAGUUUGGAGGAGGGAUACAAGUUUGAUGCAGUUUUCUGUGCGAGGACAUGGUCAUCUUAAAGCUACAGGAUGCAUAGACAUUUUUAGACAAUUUGGUGCUUCCAACUUUUUGCAUCAGAUUGGGGAAGGCCCUUUCCUGUUCCAGUGUGAAUGUGCCUCUGGGCAAAAUUUGAGGUCCACUGUUUGAUAAGAUUGUUCUUGGGGACUCGGGAAAACCAUGACAUUAACCUCAUUGAACACCUUUGUGUAGAAAAGGAACUCCUAUUGCGAGUUUUACCUCACAAAUCCUGUUUUGGCUGCAUGGGCAAAAGGUGUUACAUUAAGAUGUAAAUAUUUUGUAGAAUGCCUUUCCAGAAGUAUAGCGGCUGUUUAGCUGCUUGUCCAAAAAGCUGUUAUAGGUGUGAUAGUCACGUUCACAUACUUUUGGCAAUUGAGUGUACCUGUGCAUUUCCUAAGACAAUGCAGAUAGUACAUUUUUGCUUUUUUUCCCCCUAUCUUUUUCUGAUGUGGUAAUGGAUUUGUAGUCGAUUUCUGCUAUAUCUGUCCUCAUUAUUCUGAAAAUAAAAUAAAAAAAAGUCCCUGUAACGGACCGUUUUGCACAAAAGGGGAAAAAACCGCUUAGACGAUAAUACCCCUUUCAGAGACAGGCACAGCUACUGUAUAAUCACCAAACGAACCGCCAAUAAGUGAAUGCUCCAAACUCCCGAACGGCAUACAAGGGAAUAAGGUAGCACUUCAAAUAAACGAACAGGAACCAUACGAAUAGCUGCUAGCAGGCGAACAGGAAAAGCUUCCAAGCGGCUUACACUCCUGGCAAUCAGUCCUUAGCAGCAUACAGUAAAUCCCCCCAAAGACGAGACAAGGCUCCGUGUUGAGGGUCAAGCAGUGGUCUGUUUAAUGAGGGCUACCUGCCCAGUAUUUAUGCAGGUCUCCCACCUGGUGGACACUCCCCUAGGGGACCAAAUGGGAGACUGUGACAAGGGACAGACAAGUGGACAAAUAGGACACACAGUCACAAUAUUUCCCACAAUGCAUCCUGGCUUCCUCCCCUCUGCCUUGGGAGAUAAUUGGGAAGUAACUCAAUUAUCUCCCAAGACAAAGGCAAAACUCCAUUACACACGUGGGGACACAAAACCAGCAUUAUACUUUAAAUUACACAAAGUAACAUUUACUACAUAAAACACAGACAUGUAACAUAUCCCCAGAUAGCUCAGGUCUGAGUGCACAUUAUUAGGUGAAUGGCACUCAGACCACACGAAUACAGUUUAAUCGCCAUGGAGCCAAAGUCUUUACACAGUCAGUUUCAUACGAUGGGCUCCAUGGGAUUCCUAUCUGGGGUAUAAGACAUUCAAACAAAAAUACCGAACACCGGGCCGUUCGUGCACUUUCACCGAACAAGAAGGGAGGUCGGCGGCUUCAGCGGUGUUCGCGCAAAACUGUGUCCGAUUUUAGUUCCAUAAAAAUAGAGGCGAACACCGCUGUUCAUUCGUAUGGUUUAAAAUGGCCGCGACCUCGUGUUCGGGAUACGAAUGGCGGCCACCCAGCAUUCAUCAAUUAAGCUGCGGUUAACCGCAGCUUCAGGGAGGUUAAUUGCCGGCACACUCCAGCUCCCAGGUGGUCCAGUCAUUCGUACGGUUGUUCGGUAGAUUGAAACUACCGAACAACCGGCAGAAAAGCACGAAUACAGCUUUUCUGCAUGCAAAAAUAAAGUCUUUUAAAAGGGGCCAUAGUCCAAAGGCAGCAGGCGAGCAACCAGGCUUCUCCAAUGCAAUGUGGCGAGAUUGGUCUCGUCACAUCUCUCCCCUUUUCCAAACAGACUAACAGGGUAUCUGACCUCCUGCCGGUCAGUGCCCUUGUUAGUCCAGCAGCCCACCCACAACAAAUAAUCAACAGCACAGCCCACCCACAAUAAAUGGUUACUACACCUGGGUAAAGGAGAAGCUUGUCCAUGUCCAGGUGCCUCACCACGGCUGUGCUGGGUACGGGUACGCUGACUUGGUGGGUUGCUGCGUGGGCAGAGACCAGCGGCACUCUGCCCUGUUGCCAGCGCUACUGGGAGGGUAGCCUGGUGGAAGCCUGGUUGUUGGAGGGGGAGACCGACUGUCUCCCCUUUAAAUACACCGCUCUCUGCUGCUGCUGGAGACUGACUGUCUCCCCUUUAGAUGCACAGUCCUGCUGCUGGAGACCGACCGUCUCCCCUUUGGUUACCCAUCUCUGCUGCUGGAGGGGGAGACCGACUGUCUCCCCUUUGGCUAAACAGCCCUGUCGCUGGGGGGCAGAACCGACCGUCCCUACCCCCUGUGCUGGCAGUGUAGAGACUACGGUCCCAUCUGCACAGUUGUGGGGCUUACUGUCUCCCCCUGAUACAUUAAGCUGCCGCUGGGGAGAGGGGGUAACAUGCUCCUCUCUCAUACAUACUUCCAGCUGCGGGGAAGGGAGACCGACUGUCUCUGCUCCCAAUACAGAGUCCUGCUGCUGGGGAAAGGAGACUGGGCUCUCUAUUCCCGGUAGGACACUCUGCCGCUGGGGAAUGGAGACGGGGCUCCCAAUUCCCAAUAAUCUGUGCUGCCGCUGGGGAAUGGAGACUGGGCUCCCAAUUCCCAAAAAAUCACGCUGCUGCUGGGGAGGGAGGACACUGCUCUCCUCUCCCUGGCCUUCACACUGCCUUCCCGGCAUAUCACUCUGCUGCUGGAGGGCAGGAACAACUACCUCUGCCCCCUGUAACUCAGCCUGCCGCUGGGGAGGGAGGAUACUGCUCUCCUCUCCCUGCACUUUACACUGCCUUCCCGGCAUAUCACUCUGCUGCUGGGGGGCAGGAACAACUACCUCUGCCCCCUGUAACUCAGCCUGCCGCUGGGGAGGGAGGACGCUGCUCUCCUCUCCCUGCACUUUACACUGCCUUCCCGGCAUAUCACUCUGCUGCUGGGGGGCAGGAACAACUACCUCUGCCCCCUGUAACUCAGCCUGCCGCUGGGGAGGGAGGACGCUGCUCUCCUCUCCCUGCACUUUACACUGCCGCUGGGGAAUGGAGACUGGGCUCCCAAUUCCCUGCAGGACCGGUGGAGAGACCUCGGUCCCAUCUCUACCGGCCACCUGGGGUUCUUCCCAGUAAAACUGUACCAUCUCGUCCCCUCUGAAUGGGUCUGGCUCUGGGUCUGUCAUGCUGCUCUCCCGCUGAGCCUUCUCACUGUAUUGGAACAGCUGUUGGUAGCCCUGUUCUAGCUCCAUCUCCCGGGUCACCAGGUGGACCAGGUCUUGCUCAAUUUUGUGAGUGUCGUCCCAGUCAUACCUGCUCUCCCUCCACUCCAAGAGAUCACUGAACCGGGCUUGUGUAGGGCUCCCAAAUUCGAGCUCUGAAAACGACUCCCAUAACAAGCCAGGACCAUCAAACUCCUCUCCCUCUGGCUUGUCAUGCUCGGCUGUCCAGGGUAGGUACUGUGCCCCAUACCACCAGAGCGCCUGGUAGGCAUCUUCUAGCCACAACUCCUGCCAUACUAGGUGUUCCAAUUUCCUCACCCAUUCCUCCAGGGGCUGCUCUCCCAGGAAGGGCAUCCGCAGGGCUACUCGCUUCUGCAACCGCUGGUCUUCCUUGGGGAGUCUCUUGCCCCGCUGGUACUCCACAAUACCCAGUGCCUGGUACCAGAUGCCUUUACCGACUGCAUCUCGGUCAUCCAUGGCACCCUCGUCAUACUCCACUGCUGGUUCCAUGCUGGUGCUGUCAGGGUCGCUGUACUGGGACAUGCGUUGCCCUCAAAUUGUAAAAUCCAAAGAAAUGGUGUCUCCUGUAGCUGUCCUUCUGGCUGUAGGAACGAUCCCGCCGCUUGCCACCAAUUGUAACGGACCGUUUUGCACAAAAGGGGAAAAAACCGCUUAGACGAUAAUCCCCCUUUCAGAGACAGGCACAGCUACUGUAUAAUCACCAAAACUCACGAACCGCCAAUAAGUGAAUGCUCCAAACUCCCGAACGGCAUACAAGGGAAUAAGGUAGCACUUCAAAUAAGCGAACAGGAACCAUACGAAUAGCUGCUAGCAGGCGAACAGGAAAAGCUUCCAAGCGGCUUACACUCCUGGCAAUCAGUCCUUAGCAGCAUACAGUAAAUCCCCCCAAAGACGAGACAAGGCUCCGUGUUGAGGGUCAAGCAGUGGUCUGUUUAAUGAGGGCUACCUGCCCAGUAUUUAUGCAGGUCUCCCACCUGGUGGACACUCCCCUAGGGGACCAAAUGGGAGACUGUGACAAGGGACAGACAAGUGGACAAAUAGGACACACAGUCACAGUAUUUCCCACAAUGCAUCCUGGCUUCCUCCCCUCUGCCUUGGGAGAUAAUUGGGAAGUAACUCAAUUAUCUCCCAAGACAAAGGCAAAACUCCAUUACACACGUGGGGACACAAAACCAGCAUUAUACUUUAAAUUACACAAAGUAACAUUUACUACAUAAAACACAGACAUGUAACAUAUCCCCAGAUAGCUCAGGUCUGAGUGCACAUUAUUAGGUGAAUGGCACUCAGACCACACGAAUACAGUUUAAUCGCCAUGGAGCCAAAGUCUUUACACAGUCAGUUUCAUACGAAUGGGCUCCAUGGGAUUCCUAUCUGGGGUAUAAGACAUUCAAACAAAAAUACCGAACACCGGGCCGUUCGUGCACUUUCACCGAACAAGAAGGGAGGUCGGCGGCUUCAGCGGUGUUCGCGCAAAACUGUGUCCGAUUUUAGUUCCAUAAAAAUAGAGGCGAACACCGCUGUUCAUUCGUAUAGUUUAAAAUGGCCGCGACCUCGUGUUCGGGAUACGAAUAGCGGCCACCCAGCAUUCUUCAAUUAAGCUGCGGUUAACCGCAGCUUCAGGGAGGUUAAUUGCCGGCACACUCCCGCUCCCAGGUGGUCCAGUCAUUCGUACGGUUGUUCGGUAGAUUGAAACUACCGAACAACCGGCAGAAAAGCACGAAUACAGCUUUUCUGCAUGCAAAAAUAAAGUCUUUUAAAAGGGGGCCAUAGUCCAAAGGCAGGAGGCGAGCAACCAGGCUUCUCCAAUGCAAUGUGGCGAGAUUGGUCUCGUCACAGUCCCCAUGUUAUUAACGCAUGAGGUGCUCUUUGAAGCCUUCCCUAAAUGGAAAGUUGGCAUAGCUGGGAAUUAUUUUUCAUUACUUGUUCUUAUAUUUUGUAAUUAUUAUUGUCACUGGUGUGAUCAAAUGAAUACGAAUACUCUUGCGUGAAAGUAUGACAUAAUUAUAAAAGUUAAAAACAUUUUCUUCUCUCCUAGCAUGACCUUACUUCAAAGCAGCUAUUGUAGAGUUAAAAAUCCAUAACGCAGCUUGCAUCCCCUCCCUCCCUGCUCCCACCCCCCUUCCACUUUGCACGGCACUUUUUUUUUUUUUACAUGCGUGCUGCUGUUCCAAAGUCCCUACUGUGAGUUUAUUGUUGCUCCUUCUCACAUUGGUUACUAUACCGCACAGAUCCACUGUAUAGCACGCAUCCACAUAUACAGUAAAGAAUUUUGAAAUAGACAGCAACAUGUGCAGAAGUGGAAAGGUUGAUGUUACAUACAAGGCACAGCUCUAGGGAAGGUGAUUUCUAAAUACAAAAAAACAAGUCCUGCAUUCAAACUCUCACUACCCUUGGGUGUCAGCAACGACCAUAGUACACAUCAGCCCCAAUACAUACAGUAAAAACCAAAGGAAAAAAGUUACCUGCGUUCUUCUUAAAUCCCUAUGCAUAUUUAAACAAAUGGAGGUUAUUUAGUUACUCCAAUGGCCAUUGGAGGGAAUGCCCACCUGCCACGUCAAGGCAAACCUCUUAGGUGGGUCCUAAACGGACUAUUCACCUUGCUUCCUUGAGUUUAGCGUAGGACACACCUGAGAGGUUUGCCUUGACGUGGCAGGUGGGCAUUCCCUCCAAUGGCCAUUGGAGUAACUAAAUAACCUCCAUUUGUUUAAAUAUGCAUAGGGAUUUGGCAGAGAGCGCAGGUAACUUGCAUAGCAAUGCUCCGGAUAUUGCGAGAGGAACCCGGCGGUGCUGCAAGAUAGAGCUCCUCUGGGUCCUCUCCUGUCUCCCUCCCCAGCCAGCAGCCUCAUUACACUGCCUGUGGGCCGGUGAGGGAGAUCUUUGAUCUCCCCAUCGGCCCGUCAUGGAAUAGAGCGCUCGGAUAGCGCAGGCCCUGCAUAGACCGGCAGGGGAGAUCCUGUGACCCCCCCCCUGCCAGCCUCAGCCCAUGGCAUUUGCCCGAUGGCCAGUCCGGGCCUGUCAGUAACCAUACAUAAUAAACUGCUCUGUGUGCUCUAUACUUGUUUCUUUGUUAAAUAAGUAGACAUGAUUGGGGGGAAACUUACCACAGCACCGGAGCUGUACAAGAUUGUUUCCAGGGCUCUGGAAAAAGUCCUGCAAAAUAUGUAAAGCAACACCGGCAGCAUUGUAAUUUUCUUCAUAUGUGUGUCAUAAGUCAUUAAGUAUGCUUAUAACUAGCUUUCUCUGUGCCAUUUUGACAAUAUAUGAGCUAGGCAGUUGGUUUACUACACAUAAAUCUAUUGCUUUAUUGCAAGUUACAUUAUUUUGACACUUCCUUUCAGCUAAUGGAUUUUUUUUGUGUGUGUUUUGUUUACCUUCCCCCAACAGCCUGGAACUAAAAUGUAAAAUGAAAUUUGCAAUUUAUUUGCCACCUAAAGCUGAAAAUGCAAAGUGUCCAGUAGUGUACUGGCUUUCAGGUUAGUUCUUCAUCUUUGCAAAUUCCCAAAUUGUUUGCAACUCUGUAGUUCUGAACCUUUUUUGGCUCAAGGCACACUUCAUUAAGAGAAAUGUUUUUAAGGCACACCUACUACUGUGUUUAAUUUGUUUUUGUUUUCUAUACCUUCAUAAUUCUUGUAUACCCCAAUUGUUCAGGAUUUAAGGAGACAAUCCAAGCACCAUAAGUUAUUGUAGAAGGGAGAAAACCCCCCAUGUUUCAGACUCUUAAGUUGUUAUGGUGCUUGGAUUGUCUUUUUUUUCCAGCUCUGCUUUAUAUGGUCUCUUGAUAACACCUGAAUCUCGGUGUGCAUGGGUAGCUCAUUGAAGGAAUAACUGAUCUAAAGAAUCCUUAAUAGGUGGGAACUAAAUAGGUCUGAGAGUGAGACAAAAAUGCUAUUAACCUUUUACGUUAAUAACUAAACACCAAAUUGAAGCAUUUUGAAAACCAAAUUCUAAAAUUAAGGCUUAAUAGGAAAGUUCUGACUGUAGAUGCGUUGGAGACUAUUUAAAACGACUGCUAUUUUAGCCUGUACUUUUCAAUUGUGUAUAAGCUUUGAGUACCAGAGGUGUACAAAACAUUGUGUUCAAUGCUACCAUAUAUAAUGUGUAUGGAUGUUGAGUGAGAAAGUCUAUCACAUGCAUGCACACAUCUGAAAUUAAUUUUGCUCUCCUACUCAUACCUAUGUUGCUCUAUUGACAGUGAACAUGGUGAGAUGCAGAAUUCUCUGAUGUCAUUUGUGCUAGUGUGGGAGUGUGCGGAGGCAGCUUCUGGUAUCCCUUUUCUUAAUCACACUUGCACCCUUGAGCUCAGCACUGGAAACUAGCGACAGUUGUUCUCCUAUACACAAUUUUGACUUACUAUGCUGCAUCCUCCCAGUGCUUUGAGACCAAGUACCAAAGUAGACACCAGAAGCUGUCUCUGCUAUUGCAGCACACAGAGAAAGCCACCACUAAUGAGGGAUUACCUAAUAGACACCAUUCCUCUUCUAAUCAAUAAUCAAACACCCUUCCAGGAGUACAGAUUAUAAAUAAAAUUUUCACAGAAAAAGGAACCAUUAACAUGCUGGGAUAAGCAAGAUGUAGUGGGGUCUUUGGGGAUUGUAAAUGUAGCAUCAGAUUUUCAAUUUACACUUUUAUUUUUGUGUGAAACUACUGGAUCUGCACAGUAAUAUAUCUGAAAGCCGUUCUGAGUCAUUACAACUACAGUACAUGUUUUGCAGCUCUUUAAUGUCAUGUCUGACAGAAUGUUACAGAGUCCGUUUUCUUUUUGUUACAGUGAUACUAUUGAAAUCAGUAUUUCUAGUCCUUCUAGUAGUUAACUGAUCUGAUCCAGGCAAUGUUUUUAUUUCUCUCCCUUGUACAGGUUUAACAUGCACUGAACAAAAUUUCAUUACAAAAGCAGCAUUUCACCAAGCUGCAGCUGAGAAUGGACUCAUUGUUGUAGCCCCAGAUACUAGCCCACGUAAGUUUUGAGAUUGACAGAGUAAAUGCAUUUUGUACAUGUUGUGUACAUGAAUUUAAAGCAGAACUGUUAUUUUCAAGUUUUUCAGAAAGAACCUUUCUGUAAAAAAAUGUAAUCAUAAAUCCUGUGCUAUAAUUUGCUUUAAAUCAGUAUUUUUUUUUAUUCCAUCAUAAUUCUUGUAUACCCCAAUUAGCAUAGGGUAUGUGCACUCUUAUAAGUUCAUUCAAUUAGUUUUUAUACGGCACCACCUCCACCAGAUACAGGACGCUUUGGAGGUAUGUGACUGGUUUAAUGUUUUCUGUCGAUAAGAUUCUGUAAUUAGUCCCAUCAUAGUUGUCAGCACCAGACUCAAUAGGAUCUUAGUCUGGAUCUGGCACAAAUGCUACACCUAGUGAGACUAGGCAUAAGGUUCCACUAUGCGAGCUACACCAGAGACAUUAACCCUUUCAGUGCCAGAGCCAAGAGCAACACAAUACAGCUCAUUGUUUUAUUUAAUUUCUUUCUUUUAACAGAGAAAAUUUAAAAAAGUUAAUUUAUUAAACUCUAAAAUGAAAGAUAUUAUAAGGUGUGGACUACUUAAAUGUGAAAAAGUUCAUAGCUAAACAUAGGUUUCAUGGACACAUCCUGCCAUUUUCCAUCUGUCAUCAUAUGCAAUGGUGAAUGGGAACAGGUAUCUGUAUGUGCUAUGGGUAUAUGUGGAAGUUCAAUGCAUAUGGGCAAGGCAAAAGAUCCUCAAUAUUUAUACUCCUAUGCAUGAACAACAUAUUAACACUGAAGUAUUUUUACCUGUCCCUCUUACCUCAGGUGUCACCAUGUUGUCUAUGCAUUAUACAUAAGUCUACGUGACUUUCAACUAUAGUUUUAAUUUUCUUCUUCUGAGGCAAACAAUUUUCAUUUUCUAUAGCAUUGUAUUACCAUCCGUACUGUCUGAUAUGCAUUUCUUACAUUAGACAAUCCAGUUGUCCAAUAAAUAGAUGAAGUGAAUACUUUCCAUGCUGUCAUUUACAGGUGGUUGCAACAUUGAGGGAGAAGAUGAAAGCUGGGAUUUUGGCACAGGGGCUGGCUUCUAUGUCAAUGCCACGGAAGAUCCUUGGAAAUCUAACUAUAGAAUGUACUCGUACGUAGUCGACGAGGUAACUUUCAGUAACGUGGUUAUUCUUACAGAGAUAGACAUUGAUCCAUUCAUAGGCAUUUAGAAAUGUAUUCCUCUGAGAUCUUACAAAUGAGGACUAUUUAAAUACAGGGACAAUUUUACCUCAGUAAGUAGAGUAAUUAUCUUUCAUACUAUUUGUUUGCCUCGGAAAAGCGUACUUGCUACAUUUGCUUCACUGCUUUGGUUUGCCUCUAUGAAGUUAUACAGCCUAAAUGCAAGGUUUUUCUCUUAUAAAACCAUUAUCUUUGGAACUCAGCUCUACUGAUUCCACUGUUUUACUCUUUCUGAUUUGGGUUACCUGGGUGCAGUAAGGCUCUGUGAUUGAGCAGCUGUAAGUGGACAGUACUUUGAUGUUCCAGCAGUGAAUAGAUACCUUGGGGGACUGGUGGUGGAGGCAGAGGUUGGGAAUGACCAUUCAAGUAUCAUGAGCAUUGCUGCCACCACCACACCCUCCAGGUGGUUCUUCUUUACUUAAGUCCUGGCUCUGCAAUUUUCAUUGUCAAAUGUCACUAUUGCACAUAUCUAAUUAUAAAAUAAACGUUAGAGAAAAAGAGGUAUUUUUUUCACAUUGGCUGGCUGAUUUUGGCCUCAGUUCUAAUAUUGUUGGAUAAUCUUUCAAACUGAUGUAACAUUUUGAAACAAAAAUAUUUUCUAUUAUGAAAAAUAUUUUGAUAGUUUUGGAUUUAUAGAACUUUUUUAUAUAUAAUUUUUCAACUGAUAUUUUAAUAUUUCUAAAAUAUUAAAUAUAUAAACACGAUGAAAGAGAAUCUAACACGGAGUGUGUAAUGGUUGUGGGGUAAUUAGGGCAUAACCCAACAUAGAAAUCAAUAAGAAGAUUAGUACAGACUAGUAAGAACAAGCCCAAUACCAAUCCUAUUACCCUUUUUAAAGUACUACUCCAACAUUGGAAUGAGAUAACCUUAAAAAUGUAUAAUUCACAACUUUAUUAAAUCUUUAUAAGGAUGAUUACAAAAACAUACACAAAAAAACUGCCAGAAAAAUGUGAUAAAGUGAAAAAAUAGAAAAUUUGUAGAAGAACUGAUGGAUCCUAUAUAGAUAGUCAGAAUGAUCUCCCAGCUUGGAAUUAGAUUAGAAAGCAGGUAACCUGAUACUAUGUUGCAAAAAUGCAUACAAAUUGAAAGCACCACGUAUGAUUACAACAUAUGAUGCAGGCUGGGAUUGGGUUAAACAAGGUAUUCUAAAGUUUUGGCCUCCUGUAACUGAAGAUAUACACCUCAAACAAAUUCUGGGCCUCCACAUUAACAUCACGGCACGUAGAGGUAGAAAUCUGAAAGUUCUUCUAUCUCCUAGUCAUUUCCAACCCCAAUAUUCCAUCAAACAAACUUGGCUUACUAGUCCCCUCACGGGUUCCUUCAGGUGUGGGCGAUGUGUGGCAUGCAAGUUUAUCAAGCGUGAUUCUAAGCACAUAACUGACAGUGAAGGUAAACAGUCCUUCAAAAUUAACACAUUCUUUAAUUGCAACACCACUGGUCUGGUUUACUUUUUAACCUGCGUAUGCAAUCUUAAAUAUGUUGGUAAGACCUUUUGUCCUGUCUACAAAUGCUCGCAGUUUAGGGAAUAAGAUCCAUGAACUUGUGGCAAUAAUGGCAACUGAUAGUGUAGAUUUAGCUGUUACUGAGACCUGGUAUAAUGAGAAAAAUGACUGGGACAUAGCAAUACCAGGGUACUCUUUAUAUAGAAAAGACAGGGAAGGCAUGAAAGGGGGAGGGGUAGCCCUGUAUGUGAAGGAUAGCAUAAAAGUUAGUGAGGUUACGUUAGAAUUUGGUAAUCACACAGUAACUCGUGUAGGUGUGAUUUAUAGGCCCCCAGGGCAAAUAGAAGAGUUAGAUAAUCUACUGGUUGAAGAAAUAGCUAAAAUGACAAUGAAGGGGGAAGUUAUCAUCAUGGGUGACUUUAAUCUUCCUGAUGUGAAUUGAAAAACCAAAAUAGCAGCUUGUACCAUGAGCACACACAUUCUAAACUCUCUACUGGGAUUGUGUCUAAAACAAGUCCAACUCGUAAAGAGGCCAUACUGUUUUAGAUCAAAUCAAGUGUUUGAUUAUUUGUCUAUCUACUCCUUUCUAAAUUAAUUGUGCGCAUGUCUUCUAGAAGUAAAUCACACCGGACACAUUGCAGGUUUAUGAAGAACUCCAGAGUGGACUUUAUUCCAAGGGGUGGGUAGCCCCUUUUAAAGCAGAAAUACGUCAUGUACAGAGUCACAGUUAACAUAAAGUAUACAUUCAACAAUUGGUUAACAGUCCAAGGGGUCUUGUCUAAACCCACCCUACGGGAAGUAAUGUCAUCAUUACAAAGUUCUCCCACCCACAUUCCAGCUCCAUCUUGGUUACACGAUAGUAGUUACUGAACAGAGAGGGGCUGAAGGGGAAACAGUUACUUUAACAGCGAUUCUCCAUUUUGUUACACGUGGCACAUAGCUGUUAGUUGCACAAAGGACGUGGGGGAGGAGUUAGUAAAGGAAGCUGUUCUUUUAACACAGGAAUUUGUUACACGAGGCUUGCUCGAUGGGGGGUAGCCGGAUGGGAGGAAUUUACAGAGGAAAUAGUUACUGUGCAUACAGAGUAAAAAAUACAUUUUAUCCAUUCAAGUAUUUUGUCCAUAACAAUACUACAUUUAGUGUGAACAAAUAGAGAUUUGGUAUCAGAUAUUGCUGUAGGUGAAAGUUUAGGAUCCAGUGAUCAUCAGUCAGUGUGGUUUAAGAUAAGAACAGUAACUGAGUCACACCACACAAAAACAAAAGUUUUAGACUUUAGAAAAAUAGACUUUUCUAAAAUUAGAAUUUGUGUAAAGGAGUCAUUAUCAGACUGGAGCAAUUUAAAUGGAGUCCAAGAGAAAUGGGAUUAUUUAAAAGUUGCACUGCUGAAGACAACAGAAAAUUGUCAGUAAAAGCAAGGCUUGUCAGUAAAAGCAAAAAAUUCAAGAAACCACUGUGGUACUCCGCAAAUGAGGCCAAAAUAGUAAAAAACAAAUAGUUGGCAUUUAGUAAUUAUAAAAAAAAAAAAACAGAGUCAGGAAGACAAAAUGAUCUAUAAGAUUAGGCAGAAAGAGGCUAAGCGAGUUAUAAGAGCUUCCAAAUCACACACAGAAGAGAAAAUAGCAUGGUCAGUAAAAAAAAAAAAAGGGGACAAAACUUUUUUACAUACAUAAGUGAGAAAAGGAAAGUAAAACAAGGCUUAGAUUAAAAACAAAAGAAGGAAGAUAUGUAGACGAGGAUAAAGGUCUAGCUGACUGCCUCAAUUAAUAUUUUUGUUCAGUAUUUACAGAUGAAAAUGAAGGAAAGGGGCCUCAGUUAGGAAAAAGGACAAAGUCAAUUGUUACAUGUAAUUUUACAGAGGAAGAGGUUCUAUUUCAACUGUCAAAAGUAAAGACGUAAGUUAAUGGGACCUGAUGGAAUACACCCAAAGUUAUUAAAAUAGCUUCCUGGUGUACUAGCAAAACCAUUAACAGAUUUAUUUAACAAAUCAUUAACAGGAGUAGUCCCAGAAGAUUGGAAGUCCGCGAAUGUUGUGCCCGUUCACAAAAAAGGUAGCAGGGAGGAGUCGGGCAACUAUAGGCUAGUUAGCGUUACUUCAGUAGUGGGGAAAGUAAUGGAAACCAUGUCAAAGGAUAGGAUUGUUGAACAUCUAAAAUCACAUGGAUUUCAAGAUCAGAGACAACAUGGGUUUACUUCAGGGAGAUCAUGCCAAACUAAUCUAAUUGAUUUUUUUGAUCGGGUAACUAAAAUAAUCAGGGUUGUGCAAUAGACAUUGCUUACCUAGAUUUCAGUAAGGCUUUUGACACUGUUGCACAUAGAAGGCUUAUCAAUAAAUUGCAAUCUUUACGUUUGGAUUCCAAUAUUGUUGAAUGGGUAAGGCAGUGGCUGAGUGACAGGCAACAGAAGGUUGUAGUCAAUGGAGAAUAUUUGAAGCAUGGCUUGUCACCAGUGGGGUACCUCAGGGAUCUGUACUUGGACCCAUUCUUGUUAAUAUUUUUAUUAGUGAUAUUGCAGAAGGUCUUGAUGGUAAGGUAUGCCUUUUUUGCUGAUGAUACUAAGAUAUGUAACAGGGUUGAUGUUCCAGGAGGGAUAAGCCAAAUGGCAAAUGAUUUAGGUAAACUAGAAAAAUGGUCAGCGUUGUGGCAACUGACAUUUAAUGUGGAAAAGUGCGAGAUAAUGCAUCUUGGGUGUAAAAACCCUAGGGCAGAGUACAGAAUAUUAGACAGAGUCCUAUCCACAACAUCUGAGGAAAGGGAUUUAGGGGUGAUUAUUUCUGAUGACUUAAAGAUAGGCAGACAAUGUAAUAGAGCAGCAGGAAUGCUAGUGCUUGGUUGUAUAGGAAGAGGACUUAGCAGUAGAAAGAGAGAUGUGCUCAUGCCAUUGUACAGAACACUGGUGAGACCUCACUUGGAGUAUUGUACGCAGUACUGGAGACCGUAUCUCCAGAAGGAUAUUGAUACUUUAGAGAGAGUUCAGAGAAGGGCUACUAAACUGGUUCAUGGAUUGUAGGAUAAAACUUACAAGGAAAGGUUAAAGGAACUUAACAUUUAGAGCUUGGAGCAAAGACUAAACAGGGGGGAUAUGAUAGAAACAUUUAAAUACAUAAAGGGAAUCAACACCGUAAAGGAGGAGACUAUAUUUAAAAGAAAAACUACCACAACAAGAGGACAUAGUCUUAAAUUAGAGGGGCAGAGGCUUAAAAAUAAUAUCCUGAAAUAUUGCAUUACUGAGAGGGUAGUGGAUGCAUGGAAUAGCCUUCCAGCUGAAGUGGUAGAGGUUAACAAAGUAAAGAAAUAUAAGCAUGCGUGGGAUAGGCAUAAGGCUAUCCUAACUAUAAGAAAAGGCCAGGGACUAAUGGAAGUAUUUAGAAAAAUAUGUCCUUUCAAAGAAAGGAUUAAGGAACAUGUAAGGUCUCCCAAGUUAAGCAUAGAGACCCCCAUUGCCCAUCACCUUAAAGAAUUCCACUCAGGAGAUUCCCAAAGACUUUGUUACUGUGGGUUGGAACUGGUUAAAUGCAACCAAAGAAGGGGUGAUUAUGACAGGUUCCUGAGACAAUGUGAGAGCUUCUGGAUUUAUCGCCUGAAGACUCUUCAACCUAAAGGGUUAAAUGAGGGCUUCUCUUUUGCACAAUUUAUUUAGUUGGCAAUACAUUUAUAAAUAUGUUUUAUUAUUGGAUUCUCUUCUAUCCAACAUUGACAUUAAUUUUGUUCCAGUCACUUGUCACAUUUGUAUAUGCAGCUCAGACAGGAUACAUAGAUAUGUACAUUAAUAUCUUAUUUUUAUGUCUAACACUUCUAUAUUUCAUCUGAUGCUUACACCGCACAUCCAAUUUUGAAAGAGGUUCUUAAUAUCUUUCCUCUCCUUAUUAGGGAUAUAUACUUUAAGAUUGACUGAAUUCUUUACAUGUUUUCUGGCAUUUGAGGAGUUAUUUUUUUGCUUUCACGACCCUCUGGCAUUGGAGGGGUCAAUUUGUUGGUUCUAAUGACCCUCCUCCUCUUUCUCUGCCUAAUUGGAUAUGCAGCUGUCACUGACAUCACAAAAAAAGGCGGCUCCAUUUUCCCUUAAAAAGAGGCAAGAUUUUAGUCUGAUCUUAGCUCUUGACAAAGGCGCAUAUAAGUGCCAAAACGCACAUCAAGCAGAUGCACCACUGGUCAUUUUUAAAACUUGGACAGCUUUUGCAUACCUUAGCAACUUGCUAUUACUAUAAAUCUUAACGAUCUUCCUGGGCAAAUAGGCAGUUUCUAUUUUUAGGCAGUAGUAGAUGAGUUAUGUGCCUCACCCUUCUGUCAGUCCCUACAUUGGCUUCCUAUAAGAUCAAUUUAAAAUUCUGGUUCUUGCUUUCAAAUCUCUACAUAAUGCUGCUCCCACCUAUCUAUCCCCCCUAUACACAAGUAUGCCCGUCUAGGCCCUUACAAUCUGCUGAAGACUUACGUCUAUCUUCUGUCCGUACCAUUCCUGUGGAACUCUCUUCCCUCCUCCGUUAGAUGCUCACCCAGUCUCCACUCCUUCAAAAAAUCGUUAAAAACCCACUUCUUCAUAAAAGCGUAUCAACUGAACUGUUAAUAGCUCCCGACUGAUUCCUCUUCUGCAACUGUCACUAGUCUAAUACUAUCCUUACCUUUUUGUGUCAUUUUACCCCACUCCCUCUAGCAUGUAAGCUCAUUGAGCAGGGCCCUCAACCCCUCUGUUCCUGUGUGUCCAACUUGUCUGGUUACAACUACCGUACAUGUCUGUUCGUCCACCCAUUGUAAAGCGCUGCGGAAUUUGAUGGCGCUAUACAAAUAACAUAAUAAUAAUAACUGCCUUUUGUCACUGGCUUUUUUUGUGACCAACUGCCAUUUGCCCCUGGCUUUUGGAGGAGCCUGAUUGCCAGCCUCCUGCCUUAUUACUAGGGCCCUGGGGUGAAUGGCCCUUUAAAAACAUUAUUUGGGCAUAUUGGAUUGUAACACACUUUUUCUGCCCUUUAAUUUCAUGAGAAAAUGUGCCUCUAACCCUCCCCCCUCUUCCUGUCUCUUGUUUCUCCAGCAGGGUGUUGUCCCAGGGACACUGCCAGACCAGUUUAAACUGGCUGCUUUGUCCUUCCUCAGUCUCUCAUCAGCCCUUGCUAAACUUUAACCCCAUGGCAAUUUUAUUCUGUUCGUGGGAUCUGAGCGCUGUUCAGAUAUAUUGAGCGCUCAGAUCCAAGCUAUCUGGGCAUAGGUUGAAUGUGGAAGGUUCUGUUCAGUAUAAUAGGAAUUAUGUAUUUUUAUGUAUUUUUACUGUUGUUGUAAAUGGAGAUAUUCCCUGUAGCUGGAAGUAAUUGUUACCACACCCACUUAAGCCAACUAUCUCCAGGAUAGAGGAGAAGAUAGACCGGCUGCACAGCCUAAAUCUGUGGAACUGUUUUGGGCAUGAAAGCCAUGAUUGCAGUUGGUCGGUUAGGACUUCCACCUAACUUUUGAACCACUGGACCAAUUUGUAUUAUUUUGACAUAUGUUUGUAUACUGAUUAUGCUGGUUCAGAAUAUGUGAAUUGCUAUAAAUAUUGUGUAAAUCUGUAUAUUUUCUUCCUGUGGUAAUUAAGUUAACCCAUUGUGUUCAGGAAUUAUAUCACAGGCAGAAGGGAGGGUUUGUGUGCCUUGGCUGGGAGUGUCUGACUGUACUGUAAUGUUUUGAUUAGCUAUUGUAACUGCAUGUCCUGUAUCCCACAAGGUCCACGUGGGUGGUAACCUUGUGGGAAAACUUGUAUAUAAGUGCCAAUAAACCCUCAGACUGCUGAGUUCCUGUUUGACCCUCAACAUAGAGCCUGGUCUCAUGUGUGGGGGAAAAGGCUGCAUCUACACUGGGGGAUUGCUAUACUCUGUAUACUCCCCUGGCCAUAAUCACUAAGCUCUUUUAAGAGCUUGUUCCUGCUUCGCUCUCUGAAGGAAGAGAGUUUAACCCACUUGACAAAUAAAAACAACAAUAGAAAAGUCUGCGCCACAUUAAAUAAUAAAAACAGAAUAAAAAUAAGCAAAGUCCAAAUAAAAAGAAGUCCAACUUAUAUGUCCUUACGAAUGGUCUUUAAGGAAGUUGGUGCAAUGGUAGGGUCUUCAGAUAUAGUAGUGGUUCCACUUAUAUGGAAGAUAAAAGAGAGGGAUAACCAAUAGUGCAAUAUGUAUAGCUCAGAUAUGGACGUAAUAGAAAAUAAUGGUAGAGAACUCACAUUUGCAAGAGCUUAUAUCCAGCUCUGGGGUAAAGUGCGUACAGCGGUAUAGUCCCCGCUUAUGGGAUAUGUAGUGGGUACCUCUCCGUCACUGGUGUCCAAUUCUCAGGAAAAAAGGAGACAGCCAAUAGUGCUCACUGUAUAACAGUGUCAGUAUAAAUUAAUUAAAAACGUACUUACAAAUAAAGACCGACUGCUCUGUGAUAUCAGCAUAGGUGGAUUAAUCCCCACCUAGGAUUUCUUGGGGUGCGGGAAACUUCCAAACGGUUAUAAAACUUUCUUUCGGCAGGAAUCAUUCAGUCGCAAAUCCCGAUGAUUUUUAUUCUGUUUUUAUUAUUUAAUGUGACGCAAGCCUUUUCUAUUGUUUUUAUUUGUCUUGUUUUAAAGAGUUUUGAGGGAUUCCCCUUUAAGGGUUGCUGCCUAUUAGUUGACCAGCGCUGUCUCAUCCAUGUACCAUUAACCCAGCCUUGUCGUAGGUCCAGGGUGGGUAGGAGCCCUCGGGAAGCACUAGGAGCAUCCAUCAACGGAGGUACCCAGUCGGGGUGCCAGGUGAUCCGUUACAAGUUAGUAUCGGCUAUUUUAGGUAGAUGGGCUGCCUUAAAGGACCACUCUAGGAACCCAGACCACUUCAGCUUAAUGAAGUGGUCUGGGUGCCAGGUCCAGCUAGGGUUAACCCAUUUUUUCAUAAACAUAGCAGUUUCAGAGAAACUGAGGCGCUUGCGUGCUUCUCACUGUGAUUUUCACAGUGAGAGCACGCCAGCGUCCAUAGGAAAGCAUUAUGAAUGCUUUCCUAUGAGACAGGCUGAAUGCGCGCGCAGCUCUUGCCACGCGUGCGCAUUCAGCCGAAGAGGAGGAUCGGAGGAGGAGAGCUCUCCACCCAGCACUGGAAAAAGGUAAGUUUUUACCCCUUUCCCCUUUCCAGAGCCGGACGGGAGGGGGUCCCUGAGGGUGGAGGCACCCUCAGGGCACUAUAGUGCCAGGAAAACGAGUAUGUUUUCCUGGCACUAUAGUGGUCCUUUAAAGCAGCAGUGUUAGACUUUUCUAAAAUUAGAAUAUGGGUAGAGGAGUCAUUAUCAGACUGGAGCAAUUUAAAUGGAGUCCAAGAAAAAUGGGAUUAUUUAAAAAUUGCACUAUUGAAGGCAACAGAAAAUUGCAUUAGGCUUGUCAGUAAAAGCAAAAAAUUCAAGAAACCACUGUGGUACUCCGCAGAUGUGGCCAAAAUAGUUAAAAACAAAAAGUUAGCAUUUAGGAAUUAUUAAAAAACCCAGAGUGAGGGAGACAAAAUGAUCUAUAAGAUUAGGCAGAAAGAGGCUAAGCAAGUUAUAAGAGCUUCCAAAUCACACACAGAAGAGAAAAUAGCACAGUCAGUAAAAAAGGGGGAUAAAACAUUUUUAGAUACAUAAAUGAGAAAAGAAAAGUAAAACAAGGAUUAGUUAGAUUAAAAACAAAAGAAGGAAGGUAUGUAGAAGAGGAUAAAGGUCAGGCUGACUGCCUCAAUGAAUAUUUUUGUUCUGUAUUUACAGAAGAAAAUGAAGGAAAGGGACCUCAGUUGAGAAAAAGGAUAAAUGAGUCAUUUAUUACACGUGAGUUUACAGAGGAAGAGGUUCUAUAUCAACUGUCAAAAGUAAAGACAAAUAAGUCAAUGGGACCUGAUGGAAUACACCCAAAGCUAUUAAAAGAGCUUAGUGGUGUACUAGCAAAACCAUUAACAGAUUUAUUUAACCAAUCAUUGUUAACAGGAGUAGUCCCAGAAGAUUGGAAGUUAGCAAAUGUUGUGCCCAUUUACAAGAAAGGUAAUAGGGAGGAGUCGGGCAACUAUAGGCCAGUAAGCCUUACUUCAGUAGUGGGGAAAGUGAUGGAAACCAUGUUAAAGGAUAGGAUUGAUGAACAUCUAAAAACACAUGGAUUUCAAGAUCAGAGACAACAUGGGUUUACUUCAGGGAGAUCAUGCCAAACUAAUCUUAUUGAUUUUUUUGAUUGGGUAACUAAAAUUAUAGAUCAGGGUGGUGCAGUAGACAUUGCUUACCUAGAUUUCAGUAAGGCUUUUGACACUGUUGCACAUAGAAGGCUUAUCAAUAAACUGCAAUCUUUAAGUUUGGAUUCAAAUAUUGUUGAAUGGGUAAGGCAGUGGCUGAGUGACAGGCAACAGAGGGUGGUAGUUAAUGGAAUAUAUUCGAAGCUUGGACUUGUCACCAGUGGGGUACCUCAGGGAUCUGUACUUGGACCCAUUCUCUUUAAUAUUUUUAUUAGUGAUAUUGCAGAAGGUCUUGAUGGUAAGGUAUGUCUUUUUGCUGAUGAUACUAAGAUAUGUAACAGGGUUGAUGUUCCAGGAGGGAUAAGCCAAAUGACAAAUGAUUUAGGUAAACUAGAAAAAUGGUCAGAAUUGUGGCAACUGACAUUUAAUGUGGAUAAGUGCAAGAUAAUGCAUCUUGGACGUAAAAACCCAAGGGCAGAGUACAGAAUAUUUGAUAGAGUCCUAACCUCAACAUAUGAGGAAAGGGAUUUAGGGGUGAUUAUUUCUGAUGACUUAAAGGUAGGCAGACAAUGUAAUAGAGCAGCAGGAAAUGCUAGCAGAAUGCUUGGUUGUAUAGGGAGAGGUAUUAGCAGUAGAAAGAGGGAAGUGCUCAUGCCAUUGUACAGAACACUGGUGAGACCUCACUUGGAGUAUUGUACACAGUACUGGAGACCGUAUCUUCAGAAGGAUAUUGAUACCUUAGAGAGGGUUCAGAGAAGGGCUACUAAACUGGUUCAUGGAUUGCGGGAUAAAACUUACCAGGAAAGGUUAAAGGAUCUUAACAUGUAUAGCUUGGAGGAAAGACGAGACAGGGGGGAUAUGAUAGAAACAUUUAAAUAUAUAAAGGGAAUCAACACAGUAAAGGAGGAGACUAUAUUUAAAAGAAGAAAAACUACCACAACAAGAGGACAUAGUCUUAAAUUAGAGGGACAAAGGUUUAAAAAUAAUAUCAGGAAGUAUUACUUUACUGAGAGGGUAGUGGAUGCAUGGAAUAGCCUUCCAGCUGAAGUGGUAGAGGUUAACACAGUAAAGGAGUUUAAGCAUGCGUGGGAUAGGCAUAAGGCUAUCCUAACUAUAAGAUAAGGCUAGGGACUAAUGAAAGUAUUUAGAAAAUUGGGCAGACUAGAUGGGCCGAAUGGUUCUUAUCUGCCGUCACAUUCUAUGUUUCUAUGUGUUUAGCUUAUUUCACACUGGCUAUAUCUAGUUUAUGAGGGGUUAUUUACAGUUUUUUUAGCUAUCUUUUCUAUACUAUUGGCUAAUCUCUGUAUCUUCAGGGUGUAUCUUAUAUGGGACUACUUGUUCCUUCACUUAUGAGCGGACCAAUUUAGGUCUGCAUACUUGUCUAUCAUCUAUAUAUUAUUAAUUUGGCUCUCAGCACUUGACCAUACGGGAUAUUAUACUAAGGGCAAUUUCAUAUUCAAUUGUUGUUUUCCCGGCUGUCCUAGUUUCUCAGGCUGGGGUUUACUGCUUUGGAUUACCCCAUAUAUUCCAAUUUCCUUUUCUUUCUAUGGUUUCUUAAGGAUUAGUUAAGCUGAUUAAUAAGAGAGUCACUGGUUAACACCACAGAGCCUUCUUUAUGCUACGAUUUCUGCCUAUGAUCCAUUACACUGCCUUAGGAUCAGUCUGCUAUUCUUUAUCUACAUUUGUUAUCUAUUAGGUAUUAUAUCACUUUCCUAGCCCCCAGCAGCUCAGAAGACUUAGUCGGGUGCUUUCAAUUUGUAUGCAAUUUUGCAACAUAGUAUCAGGUUAAGUUCACCUGCUUUCUAGUCUAUUCCCAAACUUGGAGAUCAUUCUGACUAUCUGUAUAGGAUCCAUCUGCUUGUCCAAUUUUAUUUAUUUUCUAUUUUUUUACUUUAUCACAUUUUUCUGGCAGUUUUUUUUGUGUGUGUUUUUGUAUCAUCCUUAUAGGGAUAGUUGUGAAUUAUACAUUUUUAAGGUUUUCCCAUUCCAAUGUUGGACUAGUACUUUAACCCCUUAAGGACCAAACGUCUGGAAUAAAAGGAAAUCAUGACAUGUCACUCAUGUCAUGUGUCCUUAAGGGGUUAAUAAGGGUAAUAGGAUUGGUAUUUGGCUUGUUUCUUACUAGUCUGUAUCAAUCUUCUUAUUGAUAAAACAUUAAAUAAUUUAAAAGCUUAAACAGCAUUCAAAUCAAGGCCUUAGUGAGAGAAUCCAUUAUAUGUAUGUAUGUAUGUAGUGGCAAAAGUACCCUUGCCAUGGGCUCUUGGAGGGGCCUGCUGUCCAGCUUCUUGCCAAAAGGCUAUGGGCCCUUUAAAAACGUAUGUGAUUUAUGUACUAUUGUACUCCAGAAAGAGAGACCGACCGUUAGCACUAAUUCCCUGGAACUGUUUUGGGCAUAGGACCAUGUGCACAGUCGGCCAAAACUAUGACUUCCAUGGAAAUUCCAAACCGAUCUGGGUGAUUUUUGGCUAUGUUGGUCCCCCAGAUCAGGGCUAUCAGGGGAUGUGACUUUAGUGGGGUUUCCAUGUGUUUUGGGGGUACUUUCUGGAGGUUGUUAAAAUGUGUUUUCUGUGCCUGGAGAUAAUUGACUUUAGUAUAGUUCCUGACUCCAUUAUCUCUCAGGCACAGGGGAGGGAUUAUCUUGUUUUGUGUGGGUGUCCUGGACCUGAGAGCCAAUGUAAUCAUGUGUAUGUUUUUGCCUUUAGCCUACUCUCAGGUCCUGUGGGGAAUGCCCCUGGAAUAUGUAACCGUAAACCACUUGCAUGGUGACUUUCAUAUAAGCCAGUUGUGGCUGCCAUUAAGAGUUCCUGCUUACCCUGAACAUAUAGUCUCAUGUGUGGGGGAGGGAAACAGAUGUAUCUGCUCAGGGGAUUGCUAUAUCACUAUACUCCCCUGGGUUAUAAUCGCUUGCUCUUGUAAGAGCAUCUUGUUUACUCUCUGGACUAGGAGAGGUCCACCCACUGGAAGCUAGAUCCUGGUCUUGGGUCCAGGGUGGAUGGAGGACAGCGAGACCCCAACCAAGCUGUAAUGCUGGCUGUGGGGUUAAUGGUGUCCGGUGCGGUGCUUAUGGUACUCAAGGAUUACUAGGAAGCAGCGAUUGGCGGAGGCCACCAGGUGGUCCACCAUAUAUAAUAUUUUAUAUAUAUAUAUAUAUAAUCUCCUGCACUCCACCAAAACCACUUUAUUGCCUGGUGCUGUCCAGACAAAAUACAAAAAUAUAAAAAAAAGGAUAGCACUCCAGGGACUUGAAAUAAGACUUAACUUUUAUUACCUUAUUUUAUGUUACAUGAUUCCCUCAAGCUUUCAUCAGGACAAAUUUAUAUUUAUUAUAAAACUUGCUUUGAUGAUUCCUUAUCAUACUUGAAUAUCUCUGAUAAUUUCGUGAGCAAUGGUUUACAUUGCUUCUCUUUUGUGGUACCAAUAUGGUCUUGCUGUUUAUCUGGCUGAUCAAAAAAAAAAAACACUGGUUAGUCGUCUUCUGUAUAUGUCAGAGCUUUAUACCAACCAUAGACAGCUCUCUCGAUUUAACAAUGGUAAUUUGUAUGGUUAACUCAUGCCCUAGAAAAAACCUACAGGCUGAUUGAUAUUAGGAUAUUAUGCAUGAAUGUGUGUCCUACUGCCUUUGGUCAUAUAUGUAAUAUAAUAACGUAUGAUUAUUUUAUUCACUGAAGGGAAAAUAACAAAUGGGACUGAAAAUCUAAUGCAGUGUGUGAAGAGUGAUUUUUAUCUAAUGUAUUUCAGCUGCCUCACCUUAUCAAUGGAAAUUUCCCUGCGGACCCAGAUAGAAUUUCCAUUAUGGGGCACUCCAUGGGCGGGCAUGGUGCUUUAAUUUGUGCCCUGAAGAAUCCUGGGAAAUACAAGGUAAUGCUGUCAUCCAAGGGGAAAUGUGUGUAAAUAACUACUGAACCAGACGAUCAUGCAGAAUCUAUGCUAUUGAGCACAAGCACAUUAACCCCUCUGUGAUAAAAAUCCAAACACUAAACGUAUUACUCUAUAGCGUUUGGCAGCAGUUGUUGGGGUUGUUUUUUUUUUUUUUUAAAUAAUUUCUGGAUUCCUGUAUUGAUUUAUUAGGCAUUACAUUAGUCGGGGACAUAACUCCUCAUGAAGUUGUAUAAGUAAACACAAUCAAAUGGUUAGCAACAUUCUACACCAGUGAUUUAUUUCCCACUAGGUUAAAUGGACCUUUACUAGGACUCUGAAAUUGAAGUGAGUGGCUUAAUUUUUUUAAAUUUGUUUUACUAUUAUUAUUUAACGGCCUCUCCUGCCUCCAGAUGUAGUUUCCAGAUGCUUAAAAGGUCUUUGGGAUUGGGUGUCUGUAUUAGGAAAUAGCAUAACAAAUUGUCUGUGUAUAACGUACAGGGGAGGACAACUCAUUAGAGGUUGUGCUUCUCUGAUGGAUGGGGGCAGCGGAGGAAUAAAAUACAAAAUAAUGCUCAACUGGAUCAGGAUUCACCAGUCCUGGUUAAAAGAGCAAAAGUAAAAAAGACUAUAAGUGUAGUAUUCAGGAGCUAAUAUUUAGAGUAUAAAAGAGACAAAUAAUAAAAAGUGUCAGGGCUGUAAAAUGGAAUAGAUAAAAUGAGAUUGAUAAAAUGAUUGAGAGAACAAAAUUAUGAAUUCUCUGCAUCACAGGCACAACCUCCUUACCUACUACUUCUGUCGCAAUAAAUAAUCAAACACAAUUUCACCUUUAUUUUUUUUGUUGUUAUUAAUUUAAUAUAAAAUGUAGAAAUUAACCGAUGAUUUGAGGGGUCUAUACUCUAAAUGUGUAAAAAAAAAAAAAAAAUCCAAACUAUUAAAUCCUGGGUUUUCUCCUUUGUGCCUCCCAAUUUCUCUUCUUCCCCCCCUCCCCCCCUUUGAAUUAAAGUUUCUUAUCUAUAUUACCCAUAGUAAAAUAAGAAAUAAAACUUGUGCUCAUGAAAAUGUUAAUUGCGAUUAUCUAGUAUUUCAACCAAAAAACAAACAAGAGUCCUGUGCAUCCAGUAUAGGUGUGCACACCCAGGGGCUACCACAAUUUAUUUGAGGACAAAGUUAAAACAGCAAACGUUUCGAGCAGCAGCCCUUUCUCAAUGCUAAUGACAUUAGCAUUGAGAAAGGGCUGCUGGACAUUAGCAUUGAGAAAGGGCUGCUGCUCAAAACGUUUGCUGUUUUAACUUUGUCCUCAAAUAAAUUGUGGUAGCGCCUGCGUGUGCACACCUAUACUGGAUGCGCAGGAAUCUUGUUUGUUUUUUGGUUGUAUAUACACUGUUGGGACUUCAGUGUGGAGUAUCUGCAGCACAGGUCUAACUUGUUCUUUGUUUAUAUUUUGAAUUUUGUAGGCAUUUUUUGCCUCUACCUCACCCUAUAUAUCUAGUAUUUCAUCAUCAUUUUAUCUCUGCAUAAGGGUUGCGUAUCUCUUUGCAGUGUAGCUUGACAUUUCUGCAGGAUCUUAGAGAUGAAGUGGUUAAACUGCAAUGGCCAGGUCUAUAUCAUGUAUCUUGUUUUUGAAGAAUAUCUUGGUUAUUUGUGCCCAUAAGUAUUUUAAGAUUAGUAUAUUCCUGUAAUUAGGUCAUCUGGAGUAUCUUUUCUUUUCAAGAUGACUCAGUCUUUUCAUUUAAAACUCCCACUGCUCAUGUUGAAUCCUCUGAUGUAUGUUUUGUGUUUCACUAAUUAAGAAAGGAUAAGGAUAGAGAAAACAAGAUAUGAAUAAUGGAGCUUAAGUACGCCACACCGAUUAUUUUUAUUGCAAGGAGAGAUGAUGCAGUAUAGAUUUUGAGACGUUUGAUUCCAUAUUUUAUUGCUUAUAUCUAUAUAUUUAUUAUGUUGCCCCUUUAUUUCAAUAGAACUCUUCUUUGUCUACUCAAACAUACUUAUGUUCACCUUCUACAUAUCAUAAGCUAGAUGUUUUGAAAAAAAUAAUUCUGCUAGCAGUGACUUUGAAAGAUCACUUUUUCAUAACACUCACAGAAUGCCUUGUAGAAUAUAUUCAAGUGACCACAUCUACUAUUUUCACGCUUUAGCUAUCCUUAGCCGUGUUCUGUUGUAUUUAACAUAGCGUUUGGAGCAAAACAUGGAUUAGGAUCCAAAUUAAUUGUAAGGCCUAGUCACAGACUGCAAUUAAACUUACUGGGUGUCCUAAAUGUGGCAUUGGCAUGCCAUUAGACCAUAAAUGGAAUACAUUUGUUGUAAUGAAAACAGUGGUAGAAGUCUUGAAGAAUAAAGUGGGUUUUUUUGUUUUGUUUUUUUAUAAAUCUGCACAUUUUUAUUCUGGAUUUCCAAAUGGAUUAUCUCUGGAGUUUUCAUUUUUAUAAUGUUGCUUGUUGUUCUAAAUAAUUACUAGAACAUCUAGUAUUUAAUUUUUUCUUCAGUUUUUUUGAAAUGGCACUUUUCCGCAGAAACACAUCCAGCAAAGAAGACUUGAUUUCUUGGUGUGCCCUUUGGAAAUUAAUGUAUUCUAUUGUUGAAAGAAGUAAUGAACUUUUUAAUUUAUUUAUUUUCUUCAAAAAUGUAACUUAUUUAUUUAGAAAUGAAUAUGCCAGGAAGAAUCCAUUGUGAUUUAUCUUGUUUUAAAGUAUGUCAUUUACGAACAAAUAUUGCAAUGUAGGAACAAGUUACACAUUUAACAUUACACUCUUAACCUAUCACUGGCACCCAAGUCAAUCCUUUAGAAGUAUGGCGGCUGUCAGAUUGGAACCUCAUGCCUCCAUAAAUAUAGCAAAAUCUUGCUGUAUUCAAGCCAGAAGCUGUAGAUCUGCAUGCUGUUUGCCUAAAAAACAAACAAAAAAAAACUGUCCGCUGACAUCAUCAGAAGUGGUAGCCUGAUCCAAUCACAGUGCUUCUCCAUAGGAUUGGCUGAGACUGACAAGGAGGCAGAUCAGGGGGAGAGCCAGCAUGAUUCAAACACAGUCCUGGCCAAUCAGCAUCUCCUCAUAGAGAUGAAUUGAAUCAAUGAAUCUCUAUGAGGAAAGUUCAGUGUCUGCAUGCAGAGGGUGGAGACACUGAAUGUUUGGAUGCAUUUUAGGCAGCCAUGACCCAGGAAGGAUCUCUAACAGCCAUCCGAGGAGUGGCCAGUGAAGUUAUCACUAGGCUGUAAUGUAAACACUGCAUUUUCUCUGAAAAGACACUGCUUACAGCAAAAAGCCUGAAGGUAAUGAUUCUACUCACCAGAACAAAUUCAAUAAGCUGUAGUUGUUCUGGUGAUUAUAGUGUCCCUUUAACCCCCUAAGGACCAAACCUCUGGAAUAAAAGGGAAUCGUGACAUGUCACACAUGUCAUGUGUCCUUAAGGGGUUAAAGUUCAAUUUGCAGAGCAGGAUAUAACGGUUAAAGUAAAAUACAUCUGAUUGAAAAUUUUUAUUUCAUUCAGGCUGUGUCGUUUACAGCCGGGAGAGGUGUGGCUAGGACUGCAUAUAUAGAAACAAAAUUGAUUUAACUCCUAAAUGGCAGAGAAUUGAGCAGUGAGACUGCAGGGACAUGAUCUACCCACAAAAACAGCUUCAUAAAGUUAAAGUUGUUUUGGUGACUAUUGUGUCUCUUUAAUUUUAUUUAUUUUUAAUUUCUUACUUCCAAAUGCAGGAGUUACAAAAAUCUGUGUUUUCUUCUUUGAGACACCCUGUUUGCUAUUAUUAAUUGUUACUGUUAUAUCUCAGUUUGGUUGUCAUAUGUAUUCCUUAUUUAUGCAGUACAUAAACCUAAUCUUAAAAUGUACCAUAUUAAACCAAGAAAAGAGACCAGGUAAGAUGACAAUUGUUUCAGGGCAAGGCGCUACAUUUUGGAAAUAAAGAGGCUCCUUCACCCCAAACUUGUCUUUUCCUCAUCAUUUCGUUUUCUCUUUUUCGUUCAUAAUUUGUUCUUCUUUUAUUCCUUUCUCAUACAAAGCUCUUUUGUAUUUUCUAUGCUUGACAAUCAAGACAAAGGAUGGAGUUUAAAUCCAGUCCCACUUGCUUGGUCAAGAAAGCCUUUCUAAAAUACUCACAUUUCCAUCCAGUUCCUCCUCGUAUCCGUUCUACAUCAACUGACCUGCAUCAAGCACAUGAGGGAAUUAGAUCCCGUUGCAUACCCUGAGCAGACUUUUUUAUAAUUAUUAUACUGGGACUAUUAGGAGUUGUAUAGCGGGGGCAGCUAAAAAAAAAAAAUGGUUUUGGCUGUGACAGGGUUUUAAGACCAGGUUUUUGGCUUCUGUCCCUUCCUGUGAUGGUGUCUUUCCCUCUCAUAAUUUCAAUACAAUCCCUUCCAUUGAAAGGAAGAAUGUAAUUUAUCCUUCUAUUGUCUAGGUAAAUAGGAUAUUAAGGGUCUCUAUUUGUUAAAGAAUUUUCUAGUAGUAUUAUCUUUGUGCUAAGAUUUUUCUGACUAGUUAAAAUUGAAAAUGGUAAUAACUGUGGUACAGGAUUGAGUGAAAGUAGGGGUGGAAGAAGGUAUCCAUUUGGAAAAGAUGACUCACCACUGCUAGAUGGUGUAGUAAUGUCUUUGGAUGAAAAGUAGGUAUCCCUGUAAUUUUCAAUUAACUGAAUAUAGCUCAUUGUGGGGCGAGUCAGUCUUGAAGAGAUUGUAUUAAAUUUUUAGCUACCCCUCUGGAUAUUUGUACUAUUUCGAUCCCUAUCCAGCCUUUGAGGAAUGAAGAUAUAAAGGGCACCUCAUAAAUGUUAUUGUUUGAGGUGCAUUUUAUACCGACAGACAGGGCUGUCACCUGUGUGUUAUUAGUAAAAGUCACAGAUUGUGGUUUGAAUUGUAGCUAGAUUAGAAGGAAAUACUCAAAAAUAAAACUUCAAAUACACCUUGGUUUUGCAAUGUGUUAGAAUAAUUGUAAUCGUAUUUAUUGAGAAUUUUCAGCAGUAUAAAAUUACAAACAAUGUCACCAAGAGCCACUACAGCUGGUUGAGAUAUUUUAUAUCUAUAUUUUGUAUUUCUUAUUAGACUGUUUCCGCAUUUGCUCCCAUCUGUAAUCCCCUACAAUGUCCAUGGGGGCAGAAAGCAUUUACUGGAUACUUGGGCUCUGACAUCAAGAAAUGGGAGGUGAGUUUGUAACACACCAAACACCUUUAUUGCACACUAGUUGGAAUUAUUGUUGUUGGUUUUUAACCAUAUACAGGGCCGUCUUUAACACGGGGCAGCUGCCCGGGCUCAAUUACUCCUGGGGGGCCAGAAGCAGCUGCACUGUGGGCCCCGCUGGCCUAAACCACCCCUCACCCCCUCCCCCCAGCCGGUAAUCCACACAAUAAGGAGGCCCACCAGGUGGCCCAUGCACAAAGGGCCACCCGGUGGACUUCUGUCAGCAGGGGCCCGGUCGCACGCUGAGGUGCUUUAACAGCGCGACCGUGCCCUUUGCUUUUCAGCAGCCAGAUGGGAGGAAGUGACGGCCACACGUCACUUCCUCCCACAAAGAGAGGAGCGCGCGGGAAAGAAGAGUAGGCAGAGUGGAGGGGGGCUGGCCGCACACCUUCAGCCACCAGCAGGGAAGCCAGCCUCCAAACUGGAGGGUGGGUUUAAAACUGUAAAUUGUGUGAAUGUCAGUAUGUCUGUAUGUGUCAGUGUGUGUGUCAGUAUGUCUGUGUGUGUGUGCCAGUUUGUCUGUCUCUAUAUGUGCCAGUAUAUCUGUGUGUGAAUCUGUAUGUUGUCUUUGUGUGUUUCGGUGUAUCUGUGUGUGUGUCUGUGUAUUUGCAUGUGUGUCAGGUUGUGUAUCUGUGUGUGUAUAUGUGUCUGUAUAUCUACAUGUGUGUGUCUGUGUAUAUCUGUGUGUAUGCAUGUGUUUCAGUGUGUAUAUAUCUGUGUGUGUGUAUAUGUGCAUACAUCUCAUCAUUCACACACUAACAAUACACAAAAAUACACCCCUGCAUUCAAAAACCAACACUACACAUAAAUACAUGCUUGCAGUCACGCCAACACCACAUACAUAUUCCAUACAAAAACCUGUUUACAUUCAAACACACAAAAACUGCUUAGUGCUAAAUACAGACCUGCAAACAUGAGUAAAUGGUGGAGCCCCAGCUGUCAAUGAAUUUCUGGAGUUGCACGACAGAUGGGGAUCUACCUUUUAAUCACCCGUGCGAUAGAGAGGCACAAAAAAAUGAUUGCACCUCUCUACUUUAGGUCCGCCACUGCGUUGGGUUGCACGCCUGGGGAGGGGGACAGGGUCCAAGGGGCUACUUUGCCCUGGGUCCAGUCAGUAUUAAAGAUGGCCCUGACCAUAUACAGUAUGCCUAUAUAUCAUAUAUACCAGUGGUUUCCAAACCUUUUAGGUUCAAGGCGCCCUUAAUAUUUCAAUAUUUUUCCAAGGCACCCCAAGUCAAAAUUUCUAGGUUGUAAAUCCGUAUAGCGCUGCCGCAUUUACUGGCGCUAUAGUGUAAUGUACAGUGUUGGUGUUUGAAGGGGUGUUGUAUACAUUUAUUGUGUUUUAAUUCAGGGGUGUGUUUGUAUGUGAUGUUUACGUUUGAUUGCAAGGGUGUGUCUGAAUAUAAUGUUCACAUUUAAAAUGUGGCUGUACAUUUGUAUGACGUUUUUGUGUUUGGGUGUGUUUGUAUAUUUUUUUUAAAUGCAGGGGUGUGUUUGUAUGUAAUAUUUGUGUUAGAUUGCAGAAGUGUGCAUGUAUGUUGUGCCGGUGUUUGACUGCUUGGAUGUAUGCACAUAUAUUCAUGCACAUUAACACAUAGAUGCAUAUAAAUACACUGAUACAUACACAAAAAUUCAUAUAGGCACCGACACAUACACACACAUAGAUAUGCACUCUGACACACUCAAACAUUAAUACAUGCCCACACUAUGAAACAGAUACACACUGACAUAAAAACACACACCCUGACACACAGAUGCACAUACACAGACACAGAAGCCCUGCAGGAUGCCGGGAGGAAGUGACAGGCUGUCACUUCCUCCCAGCCGGCUUACAUUACGGGGGUCCUGUCGCGGUCUUAAAGGACGGCGGCACUCGACCGGAUCCCUGUUGAGCAGUAAUGUUUCCCCGGUGCUAUAAUCAUAGCACUGGGGAAAUAUUCCGCGGCACACAGUUUGGGAACCGCUGAUAUAUACAAUGAAAAACAAGGUCUUUGAUGUUUAAUUCCCUUUAAUUUAUAUUUAUAUUGCAAAUAAAACAUUUUUUUAAUGUAGUGAUGUAAUUUUGAAAGCCUUGGCUUCCCUUUGUGCGUUUUUCUCCAGUGUGGCUAUUACAGCUGUGUAUUUUACUUUUUUUUUUUCUUCUUCCUGAAGGCGUACGAUGCAACACAUCUAGUGAAGACUUACUCAGGCUCCCAACUAGAUAUACUAAUUGAUCAAGGUAAAGAUGAUCAAUUUCUUGCAGCAGGGCAGCUUCUGCCAGACAACUUUAUUGCUGCCUGCACUGAACGUAAAAUACCAGUUGUGUUUAGAUUGCAAGAGGUAAGUUGUAUGAACUGAUAUCAGCAAAACUGUAACAUCAAAGUGUACCCCAUUUUAUCUGUUAAAAGAAAUGCCCUAACAAUAACUGGAAAUGGUUUUAGCACACCCAAUUUUCUGUGUAUAUUGGGGGGAAACCACUUUGUGCUUGGCUGCUAGACUUUUCUUUUCUUUUUCACACGGCAAGAGGGAUGGUGGACUUUUGCAGCCCUAUCUACUAGUGCAAGUUACAUAGAUUUAAUUUCCUGAAUGCUGCAAAUCUACCAUAAAUAAACCAAAUGUUCAUCAUAUAAUGUGUACAAAUAUCAAUUCCAAGUAGGAUGAAACAUUUGACAUAUCUCAGUAAAAAAGAUUUGGUAUACUAUAUUACUUUGUGAUUGGUUAAUAGAUAAGUCACCUAUUUUCUUGUGUUUUUGGUUAGAUAUAAUAAACAUAAUAAAAUUGCACAAACCAUUGCCCACUAGUGUAAGCUGCUGUUUUCCUGCGGGCUUUCAUUUACAAGCCUAUGAGCGAGCUUCAGGGUCACCGCAGUAGUUGAAAAUGAUCUCCAAGUCUUCCACAGUUUUUUGUAGAUUUUUUUUUAAUUCUUCUACUUUCCCAUUGUUUACUUAGAAAUCAUACUGCAAGGAAAUUAGCUGAAUUGUUUGUUGAUAUGGAGGAAAAACACAAUGUCCUAAAGAACACAAUUUGAUAUGUAGACUGCAUGAAACUAUUCGAUAAUUUAUUUUCACAUCAAGCGCUUUUGUGGAAAAUAUUUUAACCCAUGUCCUUGAUUUGUUAGGAGUAAGAAUGCAGUGUUUGUGCUAAAUGUGCUGGAGAGUGUCUUUGUUUCUUGCACAGUUUAUAUGUAUCUCUCCAUUAGGGGAUUUACUUUGUAUAACAACCCUUUGAAUCAAUGUUUAUUGAUUUAGUACUUAAAGGAAUACUUGUGGCUGGAAUAGCUAAUGAUUUGUUAUUGCAACUCCUAGAAUAUAGGCUAUUGAUAAUAUGACGUUUUGUAUAUGUAGAACCAGAAUGAACAGAGAUGCAGAUAGUAGUAGAUGCAUAUUUGUUGAUAUAGUAAUUAAAAACAGUGGAAUUUUGUGUUUGAUAUUUGAUGUGAAAAAUAAAGCAAAUGAGAUCUAAAAGACAAGGUUUUGUUUUUAGAGCUUCCAAUAAAAUGAUUUACUUAUUUAGAAAUGCAUUUAAAAAGUGCACAGUAUGCUUAAAAUACAGUCCAAAAAUCUAUUUGUAUAAAAAAAAAAAAAAAAAAUGGAAUCCUAAUCGGUUAGCUAUAUAUUAUAGACACCAAACAACUUUAGUUUAAAGGGAUCCUGUAGUGCCAGGAAAAUAACCCUGUUUGCCUGACACUCUAGUCUCCUGUAGAGCCCCCCCACCCCCCCCCUCCUUCAGGCCUGAAGAAGUUAAAACCCCUUCAGCCAUAACAGUGUGCCAGAAAAGUUGCCCUAGUCUGCCUGUUAUUUAAAUCCAUCAUAUAAUUCUAAAUAAACUGUCUUUUGUUUUUUUUGUUUUUAGAGUAAUCAAUGUGCAUUUAAAUGUUUGUGUUUGAAAUUUUGUCUUUGAGAUCACUGGUAAAAUGCAUCUCUUUACUUUCUUGUUUCAGGGAUAUGAUCACAGCUAUUUUUUCAUUACUUCUUUUAUAAACGAUCACAUGAAGCACCAUGCAAAGUACCUUCACGCGUGACAUUUUCAGCGGAAAGCAUUGCACUAUUUUACCUAAAAUGGAGAUUAGCAACAACGGUCUUAAGUAGUGCAUUGAUUUGCAUUUAUAAUCUGCUAAAUCUGUCAAUCAAUUAAAUUUGCCAUUGGGAUGAAGUUGUGUUGUGGUUUGAAUUAUUAUUAUUAGACUAUGGAGACGUGAUGUUUAAAGAAGUUGCUCCUGGCAAAAUUUCCACAACUCUGGAACUUGAAGACUGUAAGCUUACUUAAAAUUCUGUCAUUUCAGUAUGAUUUACAAAAAUGCAGAAUUCACCAAAAAAAGUAGUUUAUCUCCCAAAAGACCAUUAAUUAAAAUGGAAGUGUUUCAUAUUUUUGUCUGUUACAUAAAUAUGAGUAAAAGGUAAUUGAUAAUAGAAACCAGGGCACUAAGCUGCUAAAAUGGUUGAUUCAAUAAACUGGGAAUUGAGAGUAUUUUUUGUAGUUGUCUCUUUUGGUCUAAAAGUUGCAUUUCUGCUAGUGACAUACAGAUCCCAUGCUGUGAUCAAAGCUAGUAGAGUACAAACAGAGUGAGACAGGCAAGAUUAGAAACACUUUCACAGGAAUGCCCGCUGUGCAGAAAUUUGGC